CCAUUUUUUCCCCUUUGGGUUUAAUGUGUCAUGGGGUUUGUUUGUUUUUUUUCUUUCUUUCUUAGAAAUGACACUUGCAAUCACAGUACUAUUAACACGUUGGUUAAGUUCCUCCUCUAAAUUUUAAGUAUUUUCAGAAAUGAAAAUAUCUCCCUUUUUUCUUUUUUAGAUAUAUUCUAAUUUAUUAACUAGGCUGUAUUUCUGACGCUGUCAUUAACCCUGAAACCAUCCGCUUCUCAGUAGUCUUAUGUGUUCCCAACUUGCCCCGUUACAGUGUAUAAUGAAUGCGGUGGCGAGACUCUUCUUCCUGUCCACCUGCACCUCCCAAGCCUCCCUGCCUUUGUCAGUCCCUCCAUUGGCUUUCCGUAAGAUUUAAGAUCCUGAUAGUUACUUACAAAUCUCUACACGAUGCUGCUCCGACCUACUUAUCCUCAUUAUUACACAAUUAUGUCCCAUCUAGGCCCCUACGCUCUGCAGGAUACCUACGCCUAACCUCUUUUCGUACUCCUUCCUCUGAUGCUUGCCCUAAAGACUUCUCUAGGGCUGCACCGUUCUUAUGGAAUGCCCUUCCCCUCUCUGUUAGACUUUCACCCAAUCUCCACUCCUUCAAAAAAUCUUUGAAAACUUACUUCUUUAGGAAAGCAUAUCAAUUAAACUGUGAACCACUUUCUCUCCCGUACCCGGAUUCCUCUCCUGAAACUGUAAUCAAAACAAAACCCUAAGCACUCAAUGAACACUAUCCUAGCAACCUACGUUUGUACCCUACCCUUACAUUUUGUGUCACAUUACCUCACUCCCUCUAGAAUGUAAGCUUAUUGUGCAGGGCCGUCCAUCCCUCUGUUCCUGUGUGUCUACCUCAUCUGGUUACAAAUAUGUGUCUGUUAGUUCACCCAUUGUACAGCGUUUUUUAAAUAAUAACAUAUUCUCAGUAAAUUAAAUAGAUUGGGCUCCUUUAAAUUUGACCUUGUUCUACGGUCUGCUUUAUACAUUGCAUGGAGAAUAGUGCUCUUCUCAUGCUGAUAUUGUAUCAUGCCAGAGAUUGUUUCAUACAUAUUUCUCAGGCUCCUCUAUUCACAUAUUUCAUUGUUGCCUGAUUCCAUGAGUCUAUGGUAAGGGAUUUGAUAAAACACUAAGCAUUUUGAGCACUCCUGUUUCCAGUAGCAUGUGUCUGUGUUAUUGGUGUGAUCUGUGCCAGGCCAACUGUAUGGCCAACACAUUCUCACUCUUCCUCGGAGUCAAGAAAAAUCUACAAGACACGGGCACUAACCAAAUGUCAGGAAUGUCUAAGCUUGUUCCAUAGGAUGUGUGGGCACAGUGAACCGACCAAGUUUGCAUGGACACAUUUUAAAUGGAAAUUAUGCCUUUCUGGAGACAAUGUGUUAAUUGCAAACCCAUUCUGGCCUUUCUCCCAUGUGUCCAAUUUACUCUCAUUGUUGGACUGUAUAGAUCUCUAUCCAAACAUCUGUACACUGGCUACAAAAUGUAUUUAAUGUCGACCUUACAGCAGCUUAAAUGUAUAUCACAACAGUUUCAUGUCCAAGAUUAAGGACAAGGUGAAAUCCAGAAUUGCAGGCAUCUCAUAAGGCAUUGGCUGUUCUGGAAGGUUGCAUGUGUAGAUAGAUGCAUUCAGCACCAUAAGCUUAUUCAGGAUUUAUUUCUGUUCAACAAUGUUACAUGGCCACACAGUCUUUAAUAAAAUCAGUUUAUUCCGAGGGUAACUUGUUAUUGGGUUCCAAGUGCAUGACUGGACUGGACUCUGCUCUAUCUGUUGGAUGUCAGUCCUGGUGCACGAAGGGUAGUGAAGUCCUGUAUUAGAAGUGUUUCAUCCUGGACUGACUUGGCUGGCUGCAUGGCCAUGUCUUGGUAGGGUAUGUAAACAUGGUAGGAGGCAGCAAUCUCUCAACUCCUCUUACAAAAAUUAGUUUUACUGAUCUGACCACCACAAACAAGUAGAUUACAUGGAGGAAUAACAGAAGAUGUGGUACUAAAGAUAUAGCCCCGACCCCCUGCUUGGCAUUGUUUCUACCUUCCCUUCUGUCUCUCUCUUUAUCAUUUAAUGCAUGCUUCCUCUCUCCCCCCCCCCCCUUCUCUGAUUUUAUGUCACAGUAACAAAUGUAAAUUAUUAAAGCUGUUUUUGUAUGUUUUCAUCAUGUUGCAUGCUCCUUUUUAUGGUUUAUAUUGCUCUAGCUCACUGUUUUGUACAUACUAAUAUAUUUGGCCUUUAUUCUAAUUUUACCCCAGACCUGUUUGUAUAUUUUCUAAGUGCACAAUUAGGUUUUUCUUUCAGUAUGGCCUUAAUGCAAUCAAAUGUGCUCAGAAAUCAGGGAUGAACUGAAAAUAUUAUUCUCUGUGUAUGUAUACUUUCCACUGUUUCUAGACUUAAUUGAAUAAUUUUAAGCCAUUAAUAGAAUCCAGAUACCAGAGGUUUUUUAAAAUAAUAAAAUUUACUGUAUAUACUAGACUAGAACCAGAAACUUGCUUUGCAUGAAGUUCGGGUUCUCCAGCGUUGCUGGCAACAUUUGUUUUCUUAUUGUCUGCUGACACUGGAUUCAACUAAUUUCAGUUUCUCCAUUUUUGUUGAGGGCAUAGUGGACUGCCUUGACUAGUGCCAAUGACACUUUGUUGUAGCUUUAUAAUUUUACAGGCUGAGUAAAUCUGACUGGAUUUGGGGUAAACCUGAUUUCCAUUGUUCAGUUGGGUCCAUUCUUAUGAUAUACUGUAGACCUUUCAGAUCUAAUCUAUAGCCUGGCAAACAUCUGCAGGAGUAGUGAAUAUGUGCAUUUGAAAUCCAUCACCAUCUAGUUCCAGUAACUAUUUGCUGUUUAAGUUCCCUCAACUGCCAUGUCAUUUACCAACAACCUGUAUUUCACAUUACAUUCUGAUUAAUAAAAUCCAAAUUGGUGUGCCCACUCCAGAUGGCUAGUGGCUAUAUGGUUAUAGGCAUGAUUUCUGCAUCUCAUUCUAUCCAUAUAUCCAUCUAAACCUAUCUAGGGGCUUACUCAUGGUUAAUUGAAAAUUGAUUUGCAACAUGAAGGCUAUUAUAAAAAUAAAAUUUUUUUUAAUUCUAAUGUUAUAUUUCCAAUUCAUUUUUUGUUCACUGUUAGUGCAUAAACCCCCAUUUUAUUCAGGGAAAUAAACCCCUGAGUAUGUAUGUAACUUGGGCAUAUGGAGUGUUGAGCCAUUUCAUUUAUUAUUAUUUUAUGUAAUAUCAUUAGUUACUUGUUUUUCAAGGAGUUAACAUGUAGCAAUUUUAGAACUCUACACUCUGUAUUGAGAAUAUCACCUGGGAUUAAUAUGGUCUUUGUUGAAUACCAUAUUAAUCUUAACUGCAUUAAAGUCUACUUCUAUUAACCUCUUAAGGACCAAACUUCUGGAAUAAAAGGGAAUCAUGACCUGUCACACAUGUCAUGUGUCCUUAAGGGGUUAAACCUGUUCUAACUCAUUACAGUUUGAUGGCAAUAAGCUUUUUUUCUUGUUCUUUAUUUAUUCAUUGUUCUAUUCUGUAGAUGUCUUGGACGGUUACAAUGGAACCAUCUUUGCGUAUGGACAGACAUCUUCAGGGAAAACACACACGAUGGAGGUAAAAAUCAUCCAAGUAAAUUGUGUACUAUGCAUGUGAAUCCCUUUUUGAGAUUAUUGGAUAAAGAUUCUUUUCCUCUGUAAGAAGGUGUAGUUUUCUGAUCCGAUGAACUCUAUCCAUCAUCUCCAUCAUCUCCAUCCAUCCACCCACAAUGGGGCUGCAGUGGGUUCCAGUUCAUUCUUCAAGUAGGCAUGGUUAAUAGGGCAAGCAAAUCCAUAGUUCUGUGGCCCUUGUAUAACCCAUGAGCAGCCGCCUAGUGUCACUUUAUGGUUAAUCCUGCUCUGAUUAUCAUGUGUGAUUCAGUCCAACCUGGAUUGGAGUGUUGGGCUGAGAGCGCUGGUGAGAGGUGGGUUAGUCCAUCAAAUCAUACUUACUUUGGCCCUUUUCAGUAGAGGGGCAUAUUGAUACAUUUGUAGUUUCUCUGGAUCACCAGACUUCCAGUUAUACAUAUUUAUGUAACUCAAAAGGUUAGGUGUUCAUAUUGCUGCCAGUUGUAUGAGGUUCCUACAGUAACUGGUUUAUAUAUUUCCAGCCCACAAAUUAUAAUGCAUUUAGCAUUAACAGUUUUUUUUUUUAAUCUAGAUUAUUGUAUAUAGAGAUAUUGAUGGAUACACACAAUAAUAUAACUGAGUUCUGGUUCACUUCAAUUUUCCCACAGACUAUACAGCAGCUUAAAUGUAUAUCACAACACGUUCAUGUCCAAGAUUAAGGCCAAGGUGAAAUCCAGAAUUGCAGGCAUCUCAUAAGGCAUUGGCUGUUCUGGAAGGUUGCAUGUUGGUCCGAGAGGCUCUAAUUGAGAUAGACACUGGCCAGCUCCUCUCUGCUAAACAAGCAUCCAAGAGACAAGACUCCUUGAUACUGGAUUGCACCGGAGUCCCUUUGUUACGCUACUUGGGUGAUUUGGAUUGGAGCUCAACUGCAGCUUGUAAACCUCCCUAAUUACAUUAGUGAAGAUACGGAGAAACUUUUAAAGUAUCAAUACUGUAGCUUUAAGAAAAGAGGAAUUGCUGGUAACUUGAUUCAACCGAAGUUUUAAUAAGUGUUAAACUUAAAUGAAUUGCAUUUAGGCAAUAAUCCAAUAAGAAGUGCAAGUAAUCAACAACACAAAGUUCAUUAAUAAGUAUUUCCUCAGAGAUGCAUUAAGUAACAUUCUUUACGUUCAUGAGAAUAAUCUUCAAUAGAAACAUUAAGCAAGUAGCUGAGAAUAUUUGCAAAGCAAGAAACAGUUCAUGAUUAAACAGUUAAACACGAUGGGAGUUGUCCUCCGUACAGGGCCGGACUGGGAAAAAAAUUAGGCCCGGGCAUUUUUCAAUUAGAGCGGCCCCCCAAGAAGGGGGCGGGGCCAGAGAGGGUGUGUUUUGUCAUCACUAAUGACAAGCACGCCCCCUCUCAAAGUGAGCAUGUUGGUUCAAUGCGCAGAGCCCCGCUGAAGAGCUCUAGCAUUAGAAAAAGGCCCUGUAUUUGUUCUGCGCAGCGCAAGCAAAUGUAAUAACAUGCUUGCGCUGUGUUUGUUUUUAAAUUGUCUCUGGUGUCUCCACAAGUGGGAUACCAGAGGACAAAAGGGCCAGGAAAGUGUAUGGUGCAUGUGUUUGGCGCCUGCUUGUGGGAUUGCCUGUGUGUAGAGUGUGGUGUGGUAUUGUGUAAAUAGGUGUAAUAUGUGUGGCUAGGGGCUGUAGAGGCUGCGUGUAUAUGGGCAUAGUGUUAUAGGGGAUGUAGCGAGUGUGUGCAUACGGGCUGUAGUGUGUGUGUGUGUAUAGGUGACGUAGUGUGUGUAGGGGUUGUAGAGAGGGUGUGUUUAGAGAAUGUUGUAUGUGUUUCCUUACAAGGAAUGUAGUGUGUGUGUAGGUGGUGCAGUGUGUGUGUGUAAGAGAUCUAGUGUGUAAAGGACCCAGAGUGUGUAUAGAAGAUUGUGUGUGUGUGUAGAGGAUUAAGAGUGCAUAUAGGGUAAGGGAUCUAGCGUGUAUCUGGAGCGUAAUAUGUGUAAUGGUGCAGUGUGAGGGGUGCUGUAGUGUGUGUGUGUGUGUGUGUGUGUGUGUGUGUGUGUGUGUGUGUAUAUAUAUAUAUAUAUAUAUAUAUAUAUAUAUAUAUAUAUAUAUAUAUAUAUAUAUAUAUAUAUAUAUAUAUAUAUAUAUAUAUAUAUAUAUAUGGACGUAUUGUAUGUGUGAGGUGCGCAGUGUGUUUGUGUAAAAGGGGUGCUGUGUGUGAGGGUGUUUUUUAUCUGCCGUCACAUUCUAGGUUUCUAAUUUUCUUUGUCUGUUAACUCACUGAGGGUUAUUUUAUAUUAUUUAUAUAUAUAUAUAUAGUGUGUGUGUGUGUCUCUGGGGGUGCUGUGUGUGUGUGUGUGUGUGUGUGUCUCUGGGGGUGCUGUGUGUGUGUGUGUGUGUCUCUCUGGGGGUGCUGUGUGUGUGUGUGUGUGUCUGGGGUGCUGUGUGUGUGUUGGGGGGGUGCUGUGUGUGUGUGUGUGUGUAUCUGGGGUGCUGUGUGUGUGUGUGUAUCUUGUGUGUGUAUCUGGGGUGCUGUGUGUGUAUCUGGGGCUGUGUGUGUCUGGGGUGCUGUGUGUGUGUGUGUAUCUGGGGGUGCUGUGUGUGUGUGUCUGGGGUGCUGUGUGUGUGUCUGGGGGUGCUGUGUGUGUGUCUGGGGGUGCUGUUUGGGAAUUAAUUUUAAAAAUAUAUAUAUAUAUAUAUAUAUAUAUAUAUAUAUAUAUAUAUAUAUAUAUAUAUAUAUAUAUAUAUUUUUUAUUAAUUAAUUUUUUUAAAAAAAGUAAUGUUCCCCCCCCCUCCCUUCUUACCUUUAGCCUGGGAGGGGGAGAAGAUCCGUUCUUCCUUGGGGGCUUGGGGUGGGGAGCCAUGCUGCCUUCCCUGGUGGUCGAGUGGUGAGAGUGAACUCUAAUCUGCAGGUUAGAGUUCACUCUCGCGAGAUCUGAGCGUUGCCGUGGUAACCGCGGCAACGCUCAGAAUCCCGCUAGAGGACCCGGCGGAGCUGCUGGUUAGAGCUCCGCCGGGUCCUCUCUCCUCCCUCCCUCACCCAGCCGGUGGCCGCAUCUCCCUGUCUGUGGGCCGGUGAGGGAGAUCUAUGAUCUCCCCACCGGCCCACGGAGGUACACAGCAGGGCCGGCGCUCGGGUAGCGCUGGCCCUGCAGGGGCCGGCCGGGGAGAUCCUGUGAUCUCCCUGCCGGCCUCGGCCCACGGCCAUCGCGGCCCACCGGGCAUUUGCCCGGUAUGCCUGAUGGCCAGUCCGGGCCUGCCUCCAUACAAUUAGUAGCUUGAAUCAUUGAGUGUCUUUGCAAAGCAGGAAACAGUUCAUAGUGAAUAAACAUGAUGGGAGUUGUCCUCCAUAUAAUUAGUAGCUUGAAGCAUUGAGUGUCUUUGCAAAGCAGGAAACAGUUCAUAGUGAAUAAACAUGAUGGGAGUUGUCCUCCAUAUAAUUAGUAGCUUGAAGCAGUGAAGAUUUGAGUAAGCAAGCAUUAGUUCAUUAUUAAAUGAUAUUGUAGACAAAUAGCUGAAAGAUAUACUUAAGGUUAAUAUGUGUAGUCCUCCAAUAGUUCAGAGAUAUGGUCCACUUGUAAAGUAGCAAAGUAUCUGUUCUCCAGUAAUCCUUUAUGGCAUGCAGCAAUCCUUGCAUUGGCUCAAAGGCUGGAACGGCUUGUCUGAGCUUGUGGAGAGGUAAGUCUGGUGGAAGUAGCUCCCAGUAGCUGAGCCUGUGGAGCCCGCGGUCUCGCGGAGGCAGCUCACACAUUAGCUCACACAGAAUCACCAAGCACCCUCUCUCUGGCCCAGUCUCCCUAAAUACCGUCAGAGCUUUGUCAGAGGGGGGCGGGGUCCGGCUCCUCCCAGCUGAGUGCCGAACCCGGAAGUGUUACUCCAUGACACCCUUUUGGACACCCUGCAAUCUACUCAAUAUGCUUUUGGGCAAUGAGAACUGAUUGUCAAUCAAAAUGGGACGUACCUUACCAAAUUUCAGAGCUUGUUGGUAAUAACUUUUUGUUUUUCAAUGCCCUGAUGCAAGUCACAACGGCAUUCUAUUACAACUGCAUUAUAUGAUUACAGAUCUCCUAUAAAGGGGUUCACAUUCAGCCUAAUGGCUCAGGGAGGGGGGGCAACCUGACAAACACUAUUCUGGCCUGAAAAUGUGCCAAGUUUUCUCCACUCCUUCGGGUCUUCAUGAUGUUGUACUCCAUAAUUGCUUGCUAUGCCCUGUAUCAGAUGGGUUGAGAACUGUUUCUGCCCAUGAGAUAGAGGUGACUCCACCAGAGAAGAGAGUUCUGACGGGUGGCAAUCAAGAAACCUGGAUCAAAAGGAGUGAAAUAUUGCACAUUGAGUUGGUACUGUCUUGCAUUGCCUAAUUUGAAUCUCCUGUGACUGUUACAAUUUUAUACUCUUGAUCCACCUUUUUUAUUUUUUUUUCUGUGUGUGUGUGUUCUCUCCUAGAAACACCCUCAGUGGUAAAUAGACCAAUAUAACACUAUGGUCUGAUUGAAGUGAGAAGUGUCACCGGCCAACUGUUCUUGGGACUUGCGAUAGAGGAUAACACAAGCUUUAUAUUUAAUUUUGAAUGUAUGAUACAAUAUAUUCUCACCUGCAAGACAUUGCAUGGAUUUUAUUAGGCAUCCUAUACAGCAGUUGGCCUGUCUGUCUUCAUUCUUCGUAUAAUGAAGCAUAACUCCUUUAGACUGGUUUUGGCAAUGAAAGUUCAGUUGUGUUUUCUCUUUCUUUCCACCUACAGGGGAAACUUCACGACCAUCAGCUGAUGGGAAUUAUCCCUCGAAUUGCACAUGACAUCUUCGAUCACAUUUAUUCGAUGGAUGAAAACCUAGAGUUUCACAUUAAGGUGAAUAGAAUGUGACAUAUUAUUAUCUACUGGGUGAAUAAAGGGCAGAACAAUUUGAUACGAGAAAAUGAAAGGGACAUCGCGAUCUAAAUCGAAGUCCUUGUUUUAAAUCCCUAAUGUUUUGUAUAACUGAGCAAAAUUGGGAUAUUGCAUUUAAACAUGUGGUUAUUAUAAAUGUGAUGAUUGGACAAGUGGUAGUUUCUCACUUUUCUUUACAAUCUGGAUGGUGUGUUGUGUGUUCUGGGUUGUUGUUUUUUUGUUUUUGUUUUGUUUAUUUUUCUCCUAGAAUUUGUAUAUAUGGUUUCAUCUUCUAGUUUUGGAGAUGAAUCUGCAGGCAUUGAUUUAGAAGUUUUUGAAUGUAAUACAUAUAAAACUUCAUUGGAUUAGACAGCACUAUUUUGCAGCUGGAUUUAAAAAAUGUGAAUAGUCCAGUCCGUAUUAGCGACCGGUAAUUGCCAAAGUUUGGCUAUUUUAGUAACAGAGUUGCAAACCGGUUUUACCAUGAUUUGCCUGAAUAUCUUUCCACAUUGGCAACAGGCCACAGCUAUACGGUCAGAUGUUCCAGAUUAGACAUAACUUUAUACACGUCUCAAAUUGUGAUUGUUGUGAUCUAACAGAAACAUGAGGGACUGUGUGAUUGUGACAUGCUACAUGUGGAUAACCUACACAGUGGUUGUGCUUGAGGAAAUAACUUUUAGCAGGUUUCAAAUGACUACAGAACAUUAACCUUUGUUUGAUCCUUUGCUAAGCGUUCGGUGUCACGGAUUAGAAUCAUGCAGGAUUAUUCACUAAACUUCACAUUUUUGCCAGUUCAUUCCGGAAGUAAAAAAUGACUGAUCUUGGGGGAAAAAAAGCCCAGAAUAAAACUUAAUGAUUUACAAGAAAAUGGGUACAAAUUGUACUUUUAAAGAAAACCAUCAUAAUUUUUAUAUGCAUUAAAAUAAAGAUUAAAUACCAUUUGUAUUAUCUCGUAAUACAUAAGUAAAUACCCUUUUUCAGUGAAUCUAAUGUCUUACCCUUGUUUAAUUGAGGUUGCCAUCUUUAGAUCGCAUUUUGUGUCAAACACUGCUUACCCAACCAGAAACACCACUGGUAACCAAGGGACAGGUUCAUGAAUACUGACUUUAUGUGCAGGCACCCGAGGACAGUUUGAGACAUUCAAGUCAUACAUGUUCUUAGAUAAGAGGUACUUCUGACCAAAAAUGGUUAGACUGCUGUUCCCAUAGAUAUGUACAGAGAUGCACUAAGUGUUUUUUUUUUUUCCCUUUUUCAUUUAAUAACUAAAUAUACCUUCUAAAACCAAAUAAAGGCACAGCUGUGUUUUUGUGAAAUUAAAUUCAGUCUAUCCUUAAUUGUUUAAUAAAUAUAAAUGUUCCUAUCCCUUUUAACCUCUGGGUUUCCUGCUCUCUAGACCUUCUGGUGAUUUACGCUCGUAUGAGACAAGGUUAUUGGAUAGGAUAAUGUUACCAGCCUGGUGAGCCCUGGCUCAAUGUUGGUUGUGGGACAAAAUGCCUGCAAUUGACUGUGUGAUUAAAAAAAGACCAUUAUCUUCUAGACAAAUUAACAGCCCAAGUUAGAAAUAAAAUAGCCUCUAUUUAGAAAGUAUGUACUGUACGAGAAGAAUUCUCUGAGACCAACACAUAGUUGGGAAACUGGCCUCUGUAGGACUUAACCCUCGUCGGCAGCAGUGUAUCCUGCCCCCCACCCCAACCUUUCGUUGUUGCGUAUUACACUUCCACUGUUUGUUUGCUGUUGUUUUUUCCAGAUUUGUACUUUAUUGUUUUUGCAAAAAAUGUUUUUGUAUAUUGCAUGUUUUGAUGCAAGUGCAUGUAUUGCUGUUUGUACCUAAAAUAAUUUUUAGAAAAGGAAAUGUAUAUAAAUAUAUCUAUUCCUAUUAAUAUUGCCCUUAUUUUCUCUAUUCUUAGGUUUCAUACUUUGAAAUUUAUUUGGACAAAAUCAGAGAUUUGCUGGAUGGUAAGAUUGUGCCUGUUUUAGUUCUCUAUUAAUUCAAUAUGCCUAGUGAAGACUGGACCAUAACCCUGGCUAUGUUUUUUUUUCAAAAUUUUAACAUGGGUUGCUAUUAUGCGUGAUUUUUGACAAUUGAGCAUGUUUUAGGCUUUCCAGUGUGAUUGGAACAACUAGUACCAGCAGAUUUACAUCCACUUCUCUCCUCAAAUAUUGACGUAUUUUUCAACUGAAAAAUACACUGGUACUAUAAUUCAUUUUGUGACUCACAUUAGGUAGAACAGUGGGGGCUCAAUACAGAAGUUGCACAAGGUCUAGGGAUCUGCAAAUCGUCAAAUACAGAGGCAUGCCUCUUAAAAUGUUUAUUUAAUGCAUGUCCUGUUGAGACAAUUUUUUAUUUUUUUAUUUUAGUGUCUAAAACUAACCUUGCCGUGCACGAAGACAAGAAUAGAGUCCCGUAUGUUAAGGUAAUGUAGACAAAAAUUUCUCAAUCGAGAUCUUGUACAAGACUAAUCUAUAGAUUUGUUUUUCUACAAUCCAAGCAUGCUGCGUUUGUUGUUUUUAUAUAGUUGCUGGUAAAAUGUAGAUUUUUGUCUUUAUUAGCUGCGUUAUCUGGCUUUUACCACUUCCAUUUUGGUAAACUGGAAAGCUGAGCUUUACAAAACCAUGCCAUGUGUACUUCUUGUAAGGCAUGUUCGAUAGUAGACUACUGGCCAAAGAGAAGGAACUCAUAAAGACUCCCUGGCUCAAGGAGUUAAAAUGGCCAAGAUUGAAGAACUUCUUUAUAGGCCAAAUGUUGGCAACCUCAGAAAAAGUAUGUGCCGCAUAUGAUGAGAAAGUAGCAAUACAUGGUUGUUUAUGUUGGCUGUAUUUUGAUCUGGCCUUGGUUAUAGAAGUUUCUUUGUGUUUUUAGGGUUGCACAGAAAGAUUUGUAUCCAGCCCCGAAGAAGUUAUGGAUGUCAUCGAUGAAGGAAAAGCAAACCGGCAUGUAGCUGUUACAAGUAAGUCAUCAAAUGGCCGCAUUGAAUAAUCUCUGAAGAGUCAUCAUGCCAGAAGCAUCUUCGAAGAUGUGCUUUCUCUGUAAGGUUGUUGCACCUGCUGAGUUGUCCUUUUAAAUAUCUCCUUUCAGAUAUGAAUGAGCACAGCUCGAGAAGUCACAGUAUUUUCUUAAUAAAUAUAAAGCAAGAGAAUGUAGAAACGGAGAAGAAACUGAGUGGAAAGCUGUAUCUUGUUGAUUUAGCCGGCAGUGAAAAGGUAACAGCCAUUUAUUUAAUAUACUCUAUUUGAUUAAUGUCCCAUGUUUGUAUGCUAAUACAGACGUAUUACGUUCUACUUUGGCAUAUCAGUACAAGUAGAAGGACUGGGGGCAUCCACUAGAACCAAGUAAAUGUUAAACUAUUUGUAAACCGUUUGGAACACUUACCCUGGGAUGACAGAGACUUCUGACACCAUAAUCACGGCAGCAUGUAGUGCCUAUGGUGGUUAGUGGUAUUCAAUGCAAUUCACAUACAGGGUUAAUUGGCUCUGAUGUCCCUUUCAGAAUCCCUUUUAGGGCUUUAUCUACCAGGGUAAGAUAAACAUUCCCUUUUAAGAUGUCCAGGUUGACUGAGCACCCAGAGUAAGAGCUUGCUGAGUAAGAACUCCCAGCAGCCCAUCUCAAAGCAGUCCACCAUGCUUUUAUGUAGCAAUGUCUUUGUUUAGCUUCUUGUAUGCAAACUGCUUGUAAUUUUUGUCAAUGUUUGACAGGUCAGCAAGACUGGGGCAGAGGGGGCUGUCUUGGAUGAAGCAAAAAACAUCAAUAAGUCUUUAUCUGCCUUGGGCAAUGUAAUCUCUGCUCUCGCUGAAGGAACUGUAAGUAAAUACAUUUGCCAUCUGCUCCUGUUUGUAAAAAAAUCAAUAACUUCCCCGUCCAUCCUACUUGGCCAGUCUAUACAGUGAAAUGAUACCCAGAUGUGUCUCCCCUCCAUUUCCAUUCUGUUUGUCGUUUUUGUUUUUUUGUUGUUGUUUUUUUUCCAUUUAGUUUGCAAGGGUCACAUCUGUGCACUUUCUAAAUUGGCCAAUGACAUGCGUUGGGGAAAUAUGAUUAAUUUUGUAAUGGUCAACCAUGAAAACUGUUUGUUGGCAACCUGGUGGAAAUUAAAUAAAGCAAAAUGCGUAUCCAGAAAGGGUUGUAGAAAAUAAAGGAAAUGUCAGCAGACUCAUUCAUUGAAUGGAAGGUCUAAAACCGAUUUAAAAAAAAAAAAAAUAUAUAUAUAUAAAUAUAAUUAAAAAAAACACCAAUGUGUAAAAUAUUUUAAUAGUAUUUAAAUUAUUCAUUUGACACAAACUUCCUUCAUAUGUGCUAAUUUACAAAACAUUUAGUGUUUAAGUGUUGAUCCUCUUUGAUCUCUUUAAAUUCUUCUUCAUAGUGGGUUAUUUAAAAUAGAGAUAAUAAAGUAGAUAUUCUGUGCAGAGUUAAUAAUCACUCAAAAAACUGACUGCUACCUUUUAAGGUCCAUCCAUGGUGUCUAGGCUUUUCGAUGUUUUUCUGGGUUUUGGGUAUACUUGUCAGCUAAAUAAAUGUGAUUUCAGCAUGAAUUCUGCUUGAGGAAAAAAAAUUUAAAAAAAAUUGAAAAGCUGAACUCCAAGUACAAUGUCCGGAUUUGUUCUGCAGAUAGCGGGGGGAGAAUUGGUGUGGCUGCUGGCCACGGUCUAUGUGCACUAUUUGUAAUUUUAUUUUCCUUCUUUAUUUAUUGUGAUAGAAAACGCAUGUCCCAUACAGAGACAGUAAAAUGACACGAAUACUACAGGAUUCUCUCGGUGGAAACUGUAGAACCACCAUUAUAAUCUGCUGCUCUCCUUCCGUCUUCAAUGAAGCUGAAACAAAGUCUACUCUAAUGUUUGGACAGAGGUAGGUCCCCCGUGUUCAGUAAUGGCUUUACCCUGCUCUGUAUGGAAGCAGAAUCUCAGACAGUAGUUUGAUCAUCCUAAUGGAUCCAUGAUCACUUAUGGAUCUCUUCUCUAUAAAAACACAUGAUUCACGUACUUUUAAAUGGAAUUAACCAUAAUUCUUACUAUUAUGUUUAUAUUUCCCCUAGAUUUAAGAAUUUAUGUUUCUGAGGUCUGAAAAAGAAAGUUUAUAUAUAGAACAUGGCCGUAUUUAGCUCUAACCUUGAGCUCUAUGUUUUUGUGGCUUAUGGUCGUUCGUGAUUAUGAAAAGUAGACCUUUCACCUGUUAGUUGGCACAGACAGGAAGAUGGAAGAGAAAAGAAACUGGUUUUCUGCUCCUCCAAUGCAGUGUGUGCCUUGUCUGUGCCAGGACUGAACUGGAUUAUGAUGUCAAAUACCAAAUAUUUAUUGUACGUUCAAAAGAAAUUAGUGGAUCACAACAUAUGUGUUUUCAAUGUUCUAGUCCGUGGUUUCAAUGAUGGAGUAAAUCUGCAGGCUGCCCUCAUCGCAUUAAGAAAUAUGAGUGUUACAUUAGUUUGUUUCUACUGGAAGUAAAACUGUGGUCCAUGAGUAACAUUUUAAUGUUUUGAUGUAGCCGCUGAGAAGCAGGCAUUCCUAACAAAAAUGCGUACAAUGUGUUACUGUGGUCUAUUCGGCGCUUUUUGUUUGUUUAGUUUUUUGCUUUCCAGACCUUUACUCAGCAUAAAUAAAUUAUUUUUUUUUUUAGGGCAAAGACCAUUAAGAACACGGUGUCUGUCAAUCUGGAGCUGACGGCAGAGGAAUGGAAAAAGAAAUAUGAAAAAGAGAAAGAUAAAACUAAAUCUCUUAAGAACAUCAUACAACAUCUUGAGAUGGAGCUGAACAGGUGGAGAGGGGGUAAGGACACCGAGACGUUACAGAAGGAGACAUUACAGUUUUAUUUUAUUCCUUCAUAAAUAUAUUGUUCUAUUUGCCUUGGUAAAGGAGUCUUAUGCUGAAUAAUGUUUUGCAGAAACCAAUUUGUCUCUGGACAUGUAGCACAGUAUCUGAAUAUGAGAAGGCAGAUUAGAACUCCAAAGUCAGAGCAGACACUGUGCGAUGAUACCAUGUAUUGUAGAGGAAGCAUAGAAAGGUUACCUGCAGUAGAAAACAUCCUUACGUUGGUGCUCCCAUUAAACCCUUAAGGACAAAACUAAUGGAAUAAAAGGGAAUCAUGACGGAAUAUUUCCGUCAUGUGUCCUUAAGGGGUUAAGCAGCAGAAUUUGAUAUACACAUCCUGAUCAGGCCCAGGGGCAUACCUAUGAUGUAGAAGUGUCUGUUGGCUGUUGGAUUAAAUUAUUUUAUAUUGUCUGUGUCUCUAAAGCCCUUAUGAUCUCUCCAGUCCCACUUCCUACCCCUUUAUGUUUCUCUCUACCCUCCUACUGCCCACUCUGCUACUUGAGCUCCGAGCGGCAUGCAGAGUGAGUGGUCACAGACCGGAUAUGACGUCUGAUCUCCAUUCACUGCACACUACUUGGAUCCUCACUGACAGACUGGGCAGAGUAGCUGACCAGCACAGCUCUGCUACAGUGAGUGACAGUACAGGGAGGGGGGUGCUGUUUGUGUCCCCUUCCAGCUGUCACCCGGGGCAGGCAACAGUCUUAGCCCACCUCUUAUCCCUUUGUAUUCCAUAGAAAAUGUUUAUUACAUAAAUGGCUUCUACAAUGGAAUGGUUUAUAUUUCUGUUUUGACAUUAGAUGAUGAUCCCAGGUACAGGUGAUCCCUGGGAGUGAUAAGGCUAAGAUUUGGUACGUUAUGGUACCCUAAAGCCAUACCUGCACACCCUCCAUAGUGGUAUAUCUUUAUAGACAAAAUAUUUCAGAAUGCCAAAUUUCUCAUAGUAGCAAACUCUGCUGUCCAUCUUUGAGGCAUAAUUCAAAGGCCAGUAAAAAAAAUAAAAAGCUCAGAUUUCAACAUUCAGUUUUGUAUAUUUAUUAUACAUAUUCUAUGCUUGCUUAUUGUCAAUUUAUGACUUUAUGGUCACAUACCCUUGUAAAAAAAUAGCAUCUUCGUAAAAUGUUAUUGUUUAAGAAAAUGCAUAUAGCAUGCAGGCAAUAAGGCUCAACGAGAUAUAUACUUAACAGAGACUUGAGGCAAUCUAUAUCUCAAUGUACAUAUUUAAGAGAUACUUUACUCGACCAAUAAAUGGAAUUCUUAAAUAGUUGGUGCUCCCCACCCCACCAGCUUUUAUAUUUCCUGAGCGAGCUGAUGCUGGUGGUUCUUAUUUUGGAUUCAGCUGUGUAGACUCUGCUUUCAAGCCGGUCCUGGGGGAGUUGUACUGACUGCUGCAUACAGAGUGUAUUUUUGAUUACCGCAUUGAAAUUGCCAUGGUGACCGUAUGCCAGCAGCUUGUAGAUUGCACAGAAUGGAACUCCCAAAUGUGAUUACAUGUUCAAAAACGACUCUUAUAGCCUUCUUCCACCAGUAGCUGCCUGUAAUUUAUAUCUUCCUAUUCUGCUGACGCAGAUCCGAGGGAAUGAUUGUAGCACAACUAAGCGAUAGACUCUAUUACAGCUCUUUCUCCAUCAAAGCGUCUCUCUUAACAAUAUCUUAAGCGUGUUACAUUGGCUUGUCUUUCCACGAUAGUUUUCUCUGUCUUACUAGCGCUCUCACUAUUCCCGCGCUGAAAGACUUAUUCUCAGAGCUACACUUUAAAUAAAAUGUUCUGGUCAUGGUUUUGACCUGAUACUGACCGGACAUAAUAUGUAGACUUGAGAAGCCCAACCUUAUAUUGUAUUGAACUAAUAAAUACAGAAAAACACAGCUUUCAGACACGCAUAAUGAACUCCAUAUAGGAUAUCACACCUACUAAGGCUGAGUACAAACCAUGAAUUAUAUGUAAAAAGUGUCACAUUUUGCACUGCUCUGCAUAAUACACCACAUCCUGUGGGUUGAAAUUUUACAAAGAUUGAUCACAUGCACUCCUCAAUGCAACGUAAAUGCUUUGCAAGAAUAUAAAGACUUUGUGUAAUCCGUCAUUACCAAGUUAUCUUGAGAAUCUACCUCAACACUCGGCACUUCAAAGUUUCUUUACAUUGAAAUCUGGCCCAUAGUGUCGAACUUCCAGUUUUCUUAGUCUGAUCUAAAAAAACAGCAGGUUUUCAGGAAACACACGGCUGAAUCUGCCUUUUUGAAGUAUUUCUAGCCUUAUCGAUGGAAUCCUAAUAUUUAAUUCAACAAUGUUUGCUCAUAGGGUACAUGUGGCAAGGUAUUUCUGUUCUGCAGAGAUUUGUCUUGCAAUGUUUUUUAAUAUUUUGUCCUCUCUGUAAAAAGGUGAAGCUGUCCCAGUGGAUGAACAAAUGAGCGCAAAAGAUCAAAAAACAUUGGAGCCAUGUGACAACACGCCGAUCAUCGAUAAUCUCUCUCCGGCCAUCGCCAGCAUCUCAUCAGAGGAAAAGAAGAAGUAUGACCAUGACAUAGCCCGUCUCUACCGUCAACUGGACGAUAAGGUUGUCUUUAUUAUUGGGGCUGGUUUAUUUGUGAAUUCCUAGACUUAUCGUUUACAGUACGUGUGUUUUUUCCGUUUCUGUUUUGUAACCACAGAUAAACUGCUGAAAGUAAUUGUCAGACUUUGAAAUUUUGGAAUAAUUGACAAUGCACAAACUUUGCUAUAGUGGUCUAAAAAUUGCAAUUUCAGAUAUAGAGAUUAAUCGCCAAACACCAAAUUACAAAACUUUACCUCCGAUUUGGGGAAAACUCUUCUUAACUCAAAGCUUAGCUAUUUUUGCCUACGUUUUGCUAUUCAGAUUUCAACAAUUUCAUAUUAUCUAUUAUGACCUGUACGAUCCCCAUAUUAAUAAGGCAAACUAAUAUGUUGUGUGAGAUCCCCUGGAUUUGUUACUCUGUGCUUAUCAAUCCAGUCCUUGAAGCGCACGUACUGUCUGUACUCCACUAGAAUAGACUCUAAAAAAAUAAAAUACAAAGCUUCUAGUAUGGAAUCUCUGACUAUAAUAAAACUAGAAUAUAUUAUGCGCUAACAAAACUUAGAGUAUAUAUGCAAAUUACGAUCAUACUGCACAUUUUGUGAGUGUGUUGUAUUAUUAUUAUAGAGAGAAAUUCUACACACGUUUUUUGUAUUUCUUUUUUUUUUUAUGGAUCCUAACUGACAGACUGGGCAGAGGAGAAACUUUUUUUAUUUUGAGAAUAUAAGGAAGACUGCUAAAAGGGCACAAAUAAAAGGCGGUAUAAUUUUAUAAUUAUAAACCGUAGAGAAAUGCCUGAAUCCUGGACUGUUUGUGUUGUUAGGACUGUCUGAUGUAUGCACGUGUUGUUGAUCACACUACGUGAAUUAAAAUGCUAUACACUGAUUAAUAUGAAGGACGAUUUGGGGGUAAUCUUUCCUGUUUUGCCAUAGAAUGACCUACAUUUGUGUGAAACUAAGAAGUUAAAUGAAAUUUAAAUCCUCUAUUUUUGGAAGGUAGGAAGAGGAAUUUUCAUGAAUACAGUGAUUAUUGUUCAAGUAUAUCCUCGUACUGCUGUUUAAAGAGAAGAACGUACUUUGUGCUAAUUGCAUGUUUUGCGUUUUUAAAAUGGUUAAAUACGGGUGUGUUACGAUAGUGUUUGACUUUCCAUUCGUGCUCGCUUGUAGGCGGGUCUGUGUUUCUGUAUUUAGAAUUUGCCAUUAUUCUAACCGUUAAUUAAAGAAGACAUUAAUUCUUAAUUAGUAGCUUCUUGGUUAUCCAAAGGAUGUUCAUUCUUAAAUGUGCCAUUUAAAGGGUGGUUGAAUCUGUGUCUGAGGUGCUCAAAUGAGUACUUCUGGGUAAAUAAUAAUAUUAUAGUAUAUAAGAUGAGUGAUUGAUAAAUGGCCUAAACACUGGACCUUGUUAGUGUAUGGUUCCACUUAAGAUGUGUAAUUACACUACAGAUAUCUCAAAAUUUAAAGUAAAUAGAAAGAUUGUCACCAGUUAUCUCCGACCCUGGCUCACUCAGUAUAGACAUAUCUAGAGUACUAAUAGUUAAGCAAACUAUUGAGUGAUGGAACAGUCCUAGUGGGGAUUCUAAAGAUGAGGAGAGAGACCAUCCUAAGAGGAAACUGACCAAUGGGUUAUGGGAAAGUAAACGACUUUUCUGUCAGUCUUUGGAUGAUAUUACAUUUUUGGCUUUAACAUCGAAGCAAACCUUUUUCAUGACAUUCUAUCAGGUUUUCCCAUAGAGAUGUCAUAUAUAUUAUCAAUAAAUGUUUUUUAUAGCUGAAAAAAUUUGAGAAAAGAUUAAUUUCCCCGAAGACUGUUUUGAGCGAUCUCUUUAAAGUCGUUAAAUAUUAUGAAAUGUUAUGAUACUGUGUAACUUAUUUACUAAAUAGUGAUUGGUGGUUAGUGGAAAACCUAACUCUAAACACGUGGAUGAUGUUAGUUGGAAUACGAGCUGAAAUUGUAGAAUUUUUCCAAAUGUAUUUUGUAGUUUAAGAUUUCAAUUUUUGUUUUUCAGUUUGACUAUUUGCCAUUUGGUGAAUAUACUUUUGUAUAAGAGGUUUGAUAUAGGAGAUGUAUCUGGGCAUAUUGUCCAAUAAAUCCAAUUUUUGCUCAUAGUCAAAGAGGUUCACGUGUAGUUCUAAUUGUAUCUAUACAGUGUUCUAGAUUGUGUCUAGUUAUGUAGUGCUUCCAAGAUGCCAGUAUCUAGAAUUCCAAAGGAUGGACUCUGUUUGCUGGACACACGGAAUUGUGAGAUGCCAAGUCUAAUGCUUUGGAUUGUGUUGGCUACGUGAGGGAGAUGCAAUGUGUGACACGUGCAUUUUUUUGAUCCAGUUUUGCUGGACAUUCCACCAGAAUGAUAGCUUUCAGUAGAAAUUUGGACUUAUGUAAAUUAACCUUGUUACACCCCCUGUCUGUCAAUCAGACAACCGGUCCUGGAUAGCCACAGCUACAGUAAUUACUUGGACAGCCACAGAACGCCUGGGUUGGGAUAGAAAAGCUUGCAAAGGCAUUAGGCAAGAGACGUGCAACUUUAGCAAACUUUUAAAUAAACACUCAAUGGCAAAAUACAUGAUUAAACGUAUAUAUGUUUUCAUUGGGGGAUAUCUACUAAACAGUGAUUUGUUUAUUUUGUGAUUUAGGCAGUGCACCUAUAUUGCCAAGUGUUUAUUCUUGGGCUUAUGUAGUAAAUAUUGUUUAAUGUGAUUGUAAAUAUAAUUCUAUAUAAUCUGUCGUCUUGUUUUAAAAAAAAAAUUAUUUUAGGAUGAUGAAAUCAAUCAACAGAGUCAACUUGCCGAAACACUGAAACAACAAAUGUUGGACCAAGACGAGGUAAGCAAAACUGUCCUGUUUUAAAAGUGGGAACCAUGAGUGUGUGAUUAACUGUACUCACAUUGCACUUAAGCCAAUGCAGAGGCUCUAGAGCAGAUCUCAUUGAAUUGGCAGCCUUGCCAGUCAGCCUAUCACCCUAUGGCCAGUAAUACUGUCCAUGAUGUAUUGUGGACAUGUCAGUCUUCUGGUCCUGCCAUAUCCACCCAUUAUUCUCCCAAUUUCAGACAUGCAAAACAUGGAAAAAGAACUGCAAAAGGGAAACUCCUACAGAUGUGCUGCCCUGUGGGUCACUCGGCACAUGCAGUUUAAUUAGUAAAUUGAUUCUAUCUUGUAGAAGAUGUCUAUAAUAACAUUGUAACAACAUGCGUCUCCAGCUGGUUCCCUUCAGUCAUAUAUAUUAAAGGAACACUAUAGUGUUAGGAGUACACAUGUGUGUCUAACAGUGGUAUACACACACCCUUUGGGGCCCCGGUGCAAAAACUGAUCCGUGGGCCCCCACCCCCGCACGCUUACUCUGUGUGAGCCGGGGCCGCAACACAUGGCGGCGGGCACCUGGUCGCAGGGUUCGCAGGGCUGCGACCCCUGUGACCGCGGUAUGUACGCCAGUGCAUGCAGAUACACAUACACUUAAAGGACCACUACAGACACCCAGAUCACAUCAGCUCAAUGAAGUGAUCUGGGUGCCAGGUCCCUCUAGUUUUAACCCUGCUGUUGAAAACAUAGCAGUUUCAGAGAAACUGCUAUGUUUCACUGAGGGUUAAUCCAGCCUCUAGUGGCUGUCUCAUUGACCGCUGCUAGAGGAGCUUCCGCGAUUCUCACUGUGAGAAGACGCUGAACGUCCAUAGGAAAGCACUGAGUAAUGCUUUCCUAUGGGCGGUUUGAAUGCUCGCGUGGCUCUUGCCACGCAUGCGCAUUCAGAGCUGAGAGGCGGAUCGGGGCGGAGAGAUCACCAGCGCCAAGGGAGUCCAGCACUGGAGAAAGGUAAGUGCUUAAGACACACACACACACUCUCACGAACAGACGCAUACACACUAGCUAACAGACACACACAUUUACUGACAGACACACACUCAGUGACACAUACAUACAUACACACUCACUGACACACAUACACACUCACAAAACACACACUAACAGACGCACACAAACUAACACUCAGUAACACACUAACACACACACACACUCUAAAACACACACUCAGUAACACACACACAUACUCUAACACACACACACACACGUUUUUGUUUUUUUAAAUUUAAUCCCCCACAGCCUCCUUACCUUAGGGAGAGCUGAGGGGAUUCCCUGGGGUCCAGUGGUAUCACCCGGCGGGCAGGCAGGCUGGCGGGCGCGCGAGGGAGCACUCUCCUUGGCUAAGUGCUUCCUCUUCAGCUCCCUCGCACGCCGUGUACUGAUGCCGGAGUCGGAAGAUGACGUCAUCUUCCGGCGCUGGCAUCAGUGCAGUGCGCGAGGGAGCUGAAGAGGAAGCACUCAGGGGAGAGUGCUCCUUCGCACGCCUGGCAGCCUUCCUGCUCGCCCAUCCGGUGAUACCAGGGCCAGCCUCGGGGGGCUCUGAGGUGGCCGGCUCCUGGGCCCCCCAGGAGCAGAGGCUGGCCACAAUGGGUACAUACCGGGUUGCAGGGCAGUCGGGCCCCCUGGUAGGCCGGGCACAGUCGCACCCGCGACCGCGGUAUGUACGCCACUGGUAUCCAACACUAUAUAGUGCUGGAAUGCAGCGUUAGGUCCCUGGCACAAUUCUCUUUGGAGAUUAAAGGUGAUUUUACUUACCUUUAUUCGCACGCUGCAGCACAGAGAUAGGAAGCCCCUCUAGUGGCCGACUGAGUAACUACCACUGGAGAUGUUGGUAAGCAGCAAUGUAAACACUGCCAUUUGUCUGAAAAGGCAGUUUUACAGUGCUAAGGCUGUAGGGACGGACUAUAGACAUCAGAACAACUACAUUAAGCUGUAGUGGUUCUGGUGACUCCAGUGUACCUUUUUUUUUUUCUGAUGUUCAAAUAUUCUGUUUUGUGUUGGAUUUUUUUACCACACCACCUGCAUAUGAUUAUCUUCCUGUAAACAUUUCCACUUGUUUUUCCAGCUUUUGGCUUCAACACGCAGAGAUUAUGAAAAGAUUCAAGAGGAGCUGACUCGACUACAGAUUGAGAAUGAUGCAGCCAAGGAUGAGGUGAAGGAAGUUCUUCAAGCCUUGGAGGAACUAGCAGUUAAUUACGAUCAGAAAUCUCAGGAAGUGGAAGACAAGACCAAAGCCAAUGAACAGCUCUGUGAUGAACUGGCGCAGAAAACGGUAGGAGUACUGCUUUUAAUCCUUGUAAAGCUCUUAAUUGCUACAAUUAUUUGGUGUGUUUAACUGUGGUGCCUGCUGUACACGAGGAUGACAUGCUGUUAGAUUAAGGUACUUUAUUUUGUACAAAGUCUGCAAUUACUUGAGAAAAGCAUCUUCUAUAAAAUAACUUGUCUGGGGCUUGCUUGCAGAGGCUGCCAUUUUGACUUGACUGCGAGAUAUUUAAACUCUGCACCACUUCUAGUACAAAUGAGUGGCACUCUCUGCGUUCUUAUUUGUCUAGAAAACCGGUGAUUUACAUGGCUGUGUAGAAAGUCCUAUAGUGGUGUCAGGUAAAGUUUAGUUGGGUCAAGGAAACUGAUUGGGACACAAAUCAUUCUGCAUUUUACUAUUAGACCAUCAUAGAUGGAGCAACCAAUCCAGAGCCAUUGCUAGGUUCCAGAAACGCAUGGGGCUUUAGGCCAAAGGAAAACUACAUUAACAGAGAGGUGAGGAGAUGUCUUGACAUGCCCUAAACAUUUUAUGUUACGUCCUCUUCUCUCUACCCAUGACCAGAGUGCUGAAGAUUCUCUCUGGGAUCUCCACAAAAGCAUAGCCGGAAACAAGCACAUACUGCCGAGCCUAGUUUCCAAUGAGAUUCUGCCUAUUCUGCCUUUUUUUGAUUUUUUUUUUUAGAAUUUUUAGAAUUUUUCUUUUGAUUUAUUUUUGUCUGGUGUAACAUUCAGGGCUUCAGCCCCUUAAGCUCCCCCUUACCCAUAUGUAUGCUGCCCUUCAGGUCGUUAUGAGCUAGAAAACAUGCCAUUGUUACGUUGCAUUCUUGCCAUAAAAAGUACAAUGGGCAAGCUUGAUGCCUUUUAAUCAGCACCUUUUUCAAUUUCUGCCAGAGAGAUGCGACUCGUUAUUCAGAGAAAGCACAAAAUCAUAAUGCGUUGUUCAGACCUGAGGGCGCACAAGCCCAAUAUAGCUUGAUAAAGACAGCCUGGGGAUAGGUUUCGGAUUUGUCUUGUUGUCUUCUGUUGAUGUCUAAUAUGUUGCGGGCUAAAAUCAAGAAGUGUGAAGGAAAAAAAAAUCAUAUGGUUAACUUCGAAUGCUUGCUCAAGAUAGUCAUUAUGUGGCGGCUGAAAUUUGAUUUUCCUCAGUGCUUGCUACACUUUGUAAUUGCUUUUAUCUUUAUGGUCUAUGAGUGUCCUUGACGUCAAGUCAAACAUCUCUCUGUACAUCAGAACGCGACGCCGUUCAUUGGUUGAGGAAAGCAAUUUAUGUCAAACGCUUUUAGAAUCCACUAGAGGAUUCUCUUUUAAGCGUUUCUGAAAAUGUAAUUCUAAAUUAUUUAGAAAGUGACCUCCAUGGAAAAAAGCUUUGUCCGAGCUCGUGAGCUGAUGCAUUGAGGUUUCCUCAUUUAAUCUGCUUUAAAGAUUUUGUCUUUUUUUUUUUAAACUUAUUUUGAGAAAUAUUGUUCAAUGAAUCUUUGUUUAUAGUCGCACUGUUCAGAAGUGUGGGAUAUAAAAAUAUUCAUGAGAUGGUUUUUGUAGCUGCCAAAGCUCUCAGUUUUGAUAAUCUGUUCUACAUUAAGCUUCUAGAAUAUAAAAGCUUUGAUGUAGACUGAUUAGACUUUGCAUAUAAACAGAUUUAGUUCAUGACUAUUGUCUAGAAAUCUAUUUAUUUUUUACCCAGUAUAUUUACUAUAAAGGAUUAUUUUGAGAUUAUACCAUUUGAAUGUAGAAAUAUGUCUUUCCUAAAAGUUGUUCAAAGUCAUCAUGACAUACCGUGUCUAGAACACAGAAGGAUUGGCAGAUUCAUAACGCUGAUUUAUGUAACCUUAACUAUUCUGCUAGUUAAAUAUAAUAAUUUUUUAAAUUUUUUUAUUUUUUACAGACCAGCUUAAUUUCAACCCAACGCGAGUUGCAUCAGCUGCAGGAACUCAGUAAUCAUCAGAAGAAAAGAGCUACAGAAAUCCUAAACUUACUAUUGAAAGAUCUUGGAGAGAUUGGUGGGAUUAUUGGAACCAACGAUGUGAAAACGGUAACGGUUUUACGUUUGUUUAUUUUUAUAAAACUCCUCCUGCAAAUUGAACAUUAGAUAAAGUAUUACUCCAACCACCAUCACCUCCUCUGCUUUAAGAAACAGUCAUGGUGGUAGAAAUACGUGCAGUGUUUCUCCUUGAAAUGCUGUAUAUCCAUAGAUAUUUACACGUGUGUCGCAGGUGGCUAGUAACACGUGACUUAAGGGGCCUAGAACUCAUCUGCUUCUCCCUUACAGGCAGUGUGUGUGCAGGGGGAAAUGUGACCUGCGAUGGAUACAAUUUAAGUUUACUGACUUAUUUCAUGGAUUUUUUAUUUGUUUAAAUUAAAUAAUGGGUGUGGACUGGUUCAGAAGGGCAUAAUAAAUAGAAAAAUGUAUUGAUGAGAAACUGAUUAUAGUAACCCUUUAACUUGUUUAAAAUGAAAUUAUUUUAUUCCUAUUGUUGUUGAUAAUUGCUAUUGGUUGUUGUAACACAUUUUAAUAAUCGGAAUAAUCCGAGAUUGGGGAUUGCUGUUCUAAAAGUUUCUUUUGACCUUUUCCCAUAAAUUUAUUGAUGACUAUUUCAUGGGAAAAGUGCCUGACCGCAUUUUAUAUCCGGCCUAUAAUAAAUCACACCUGCAUAGUGACAAAGAAAAUCAUUAAAAUGUAAGCAGAUUUUAUUUCCAUUACAAAAGAAAGCAUUCCUAGGAUUUUAAAUGAAGCAAAAUAACUAAUUAAGACCCCUUAAGGAUGGAGGUAAUUGUCCAUGGUCUGAACCAAAACUAAACCUGAGCUUUGAGCUGUAGGUCUGUUCCAUUGUUGUUCGGGGUUUUUUAUUAAAGUGUCCCCAUACAUAUCGUAUCAUAUUUUUAAAGGUCAAAAAGGGUUUUCAUUUAUCAUCCUAUAUGUAUAACUAACGCAACAUUACCUGUAAAUAAAAUGUCAAAAAUGGGGAAAAAGUUUAACAAAGAAUUUUUGCUUAUAGUUUUAAACAUUCAGUGCAACUAAUUAAAAAUAACCCAAAAUAGAUUCAAAUAUCAGUCUUGAAAUGUUUAGGAAAUUUUUGAUAGUUAACACUAACCAUAUACCAACCCCAAUACUAUACCAAUCAUACCCCUUACCCAAUGCUUACACUCACCCUAAUCUUACCCUUAACUUCAACCUUACUUUAUCUUUAAUCCUAAAACCACAUUAACCCAUACCCAGCAUUAUCUAUAAUCCUACCCUAAUACUAAGUGUAACCCUACUCUACUCUUACCUCUAAAUCUAACCCUAACCCCACCACUAACCCUAGACCUAAGAUAAUGCGCUGCUAAUAUCCGUUCUGUUGUUAGAAAUGGGUUUUAUUGUAUUUAACUCAGUAGAUGGUGAGAUGUUUCCACCAUCUACUGGCCAUUUUCAGAAUUACACUUGGUGUAAUUCUGACGAGAUCCCUUGUUCCAGUCGAUUUAUCUAGAGCAGGCUUCCCCAAACUCUGGGCCUCCAGAUAUUGCUGAACUACAAAUCCCAUGAUUCUCAGCCUAUCUAUUUCAUUUAGAGAAUUAUGGGAGCUGUAGUUGAGCAGCAUCUGGAAGGCUGGAGUUUGGGGAAGCCUGGUCUAGAGACUAGGCAUUUGGUAAACUCAGCACAGGUCCCAAUCGGCUGGGAACAGGCUGGGAGAGCCUGCCAUGGUUUAUUCAGAAUCUAUUCAGAUUCUGGAGGCAAAGCUGCCUGCACCUCAGUAAUUUAGCUGUGGUUGUCUGAAUUGGUUCUGUGCAGCUCUGACUUCCAGAGCUCGUCGGUCAGUCUGGGACCACUAAAAAUGGCCCCAGCUGACUAACAAGAGCUUUAGGUAUCCAUUGAUACCUGAGGUUAGUGGAGUGAGCAGGGAUUUAACCCUGCUCACAUCAUGAUCUCCAAGUAGGCAUUGAAGUGGCAUUAAAGAGACACUUCCAGAGGGGAGCCCCAGGUCUCCAUUAAUACCUGGGGGUCCCUGUUGUGAGGAAUUUAAGCACACCAAAUAUGCAGGGUGUUCUAUGCCACCCUACAAGCAGUAAAGCCCACUUUAUAUUGGACGGCAUACGUACUAACGUCGUUAAGGGGUUAAACAGACAGGUGUAACACCGUAUAGCCCCAUUAGGUUUUAGAUGGAACUCCAAUGAAAAAAUGCCUAAUUAAAUUCAUGCAUGUUUUCAUUUGGGGUAUAUCUACCAAACAAUUUCUAUUUAGUUUGUGUUUGGGUGGUGGGGUGUCCUUUAAAAUGCUGAUUUUUGUGUGUUAAAAGAAAUACUAGAUUUGGGUUAAAAUAGGCUAUCUGUAACUAUAGCAGAGAUGGAGAAUUCUUACGUAUCUACCUAUUUUGGCUUAAAUUAUACCACCUAGAUUUUUAUUAACUUUGAUUUGGAAGCACUCUGGACACACAGCCAAUGAGGAUGCCUGACGGUUUGUGUUUUUUGGUGUGCUGGUAAAUCAGCAUGGACAGGCAAAGGGUUAUUGGUCUGUCAAUGUAACAGGGGCUGCGUAAUGAAGUUAUGGUAUUUUCAUCUUCUACUGUAACCAUUUUUGUAACCAAUUUGUAUGAAGCAAAAAAUAUAUCAGACAAGCCUGCAAAUGACAAAUUGAACCCUUACUAAGACACUGUCUCUACACAAAGCUUCCUUUGUGCCAGAUUAAUUCUGGAGCAAAACACUAAGUUCUAAAUCUCUAAAAGUUCUUUAAAAAUGGAUCAACUGACAUUAUAAUGUAGUAGCUGCCAUAUCCCUCAGGGCUGGGAGUCAUUGCAUUAGGUGAUUCGGUUUUAAAAAGAUUAUUUAUUAAGUGUCAACAAAUUCCACUGUGCUGUACAAUGGGUGGACUAGCAGACAUGUAUUUGUAACCAGAUGAGUAAGACGCACAGAAACAGAGAGGUUGAGGGCCCUGCUCGAUGAGCUUACAUACUAGAGGGAGUGGGGUAUAGUGACACAGGAACUGAAGGGUUGAGGGCCCUGCUCAGUGAGCUUACAUGUUAGAGGGAAUGGGGUAUAGUGACACAGUAACAGAGGGAUUGAGGGCCUGCUCAGUGAGUUUACAUGUUAGAGGGAGUGGGGUAUAGUGACACAGUAACAGAGGGAUUGAGGGCCUGCUCAGUGAGUUUACAUGUUAGAGGGAGUGGGGUAUAGUGACACAGUAACAGAGGGAUUGAGGGCCCGCUCAGUGAGUUUACAUGUUCGAGGGAGUGGGGUAUAGUGACACAGUAACAGAGGGAUCGAGGGCCCUGCUCAGUGAGUUUACAUGCUAGAGGGAGUGGGGUAUACUGACACAGUAACAGAGGGAUUGAGGGCCCUGCUCAGUGAGCUUACAUGUUAGAGGGAGUGGGGUAUAGUGACACAGUAACAGAGGGAUUGAGGGCCCUGUUCAGUGAGCUUACAUGUUAGAGGGAGUGGGGUAUAUUGACACAAAAGGUAAGGGUAGGGAAGGAAAGGAGGUUGCUAAAAUAAUAUUCACUGAGGGCUUAGUGUGUUGUUUUUUUUAAAUUAUAUUAUAUUAUAAUAUAUAUAUAUAUUUUUAUAUUUUUUUAAUCCUUCUUCUUUAUUGAAUUUCAUAUAAAAGACAAAUACAAAAUUAGACACACACAAAAAAAAGAAAACAUAUUAUUUAUAACAGUUGCAGGAGAAGUUUAUAUUCUAACAACCAGCCAUUUCACAUAAAUAUUGAGUCGUGAGGCAGUGCUAACGUGAACUAUGAUUUUAUGGAGUAUCCUGUGCUUAAUUGGGUUUUAUGAGCUCUACAUUUAGCACACUGGAUUUCAUUCAUCUUAGAAAAUAUAUUUUCUACUUUCUCAAUAUUCCCAAUGGCUAUUAGUUGUCAGAACAUCAGUGCCUACUGACUCUAUUGGGCGUAUAAAUCAAGGUCAAACCCAUCUACUAAUCAGGCAAUUACUGGGUAACUGGGUGUGAAGAGUAUUGUCUCAGAGAUUUGGGUUCCUGGCAAUUGUCGUUGUGACAGCAGAACUGAGACUUUUGUUUUGUUAGACGUGUGACUGCCCUUUAAAUUCAGGCAAUGGAUGGACCUACCCUUCUAUUCAUAAGAAUGUGAAAUAAUAGGGGUGUAAAUAGUGAAGGAGUCAGUGGACCCAUAAUCUAUCCAGUGAUACAUGAAAACUUGCCACUUGGACCCUAUGGAAAAUAAUACAGCACUCCUUCCCUAACCCUUAAUGCUGCCAGUUAAUUGUUCUACAAGUUGUAAGCCUCCUUUUUAUCUUUAUUCUUGGGUGUGUACUACAUUUUCGUGGUCACGAUUUGUUAUAUAUUCAAUUUUUAUGUUUUUUUUUUUUUUACUUAGCUAGCGGAUGUGAAUGGAGUGAUUGAAGAAGAAUUUACAAUGGCCCGUCUGUACAUUAGUAAAAUGAAGUCUGAAGUCAAGUCAUUAGUAAAUCGGAGCAAACAGCUGGAGACUGCACAGAUCGAGGCAAACCGGAAAAUCAAUGCCAGCGAGCGUGAACUUGCCGCGUGCCAACUGCUUGGCUCACAGGUAUGUGAGGUUUGAGGGUAAUGAUUCAACCUCAAUUUUUAAUUUCCACCACUUUCAUAUGGAGUAAUUAAAGUGUAGCAACUCUAUAUAUCCAAAACAUAACUAUUUGGGUUUUUUAUCUGCUGAUUAUUGCUGUCCCACCCCAUUAAGAGCAAUGAUAAAACUGAAUCUAUUUUACAAUGUGUUCUAUAAUGUUGUCUUGUUUGUGACUGUAAACCUUUUUGUUUCUAUCAGCACGAAGCAAAGAUCAAAUCCCUUACAGAUUACAUGCAGAACAUGGAGCAUCGAAGGAGACAACUGGAAGAGGCGCAAGAUGCUCUCAAUGAAGAGCUGGCAAAACUCCACGCACAAGGUAUGCAUUCUGCGGUCUCGAGGAUUAAAGCUGGUGGCCAGUCCAAGCGGGAUGUUCAGAAUGUCAGGUGUCCUUUUAUGGCAUUGCAUUGUUAGCCAUAACAUUACAUAUUUAAGGGGGUUUCUUCUAAAAAUUCUUCCUUUAAAAUAGAUCAAGGCCUUGAUUUUAAUAUUGCUGGAUAAUCUUUUCAAAUGAUUUUAAUAUUUUUGGAUAAACUUUUAAAAAUAUUUUUUUCAACAUAAAAAAAUAUCAAAAAAUUAUAUCAUGGCGAUGAUAGGGGAGGGGAGUCCUUAUAUCUGCAACAGCCCCUCCCACAACUCUAGACUCUGGGGAAAAAAAUCAACAUAUCACAUAAUUAAAAUGUUAAAUAAUAAAUCAUUUUCAAAGUUUAUGCAAAAAUAAUAAAUAGAGGCAUAAGUCAUUGUAGUGAAAAAUUAGGACAUUGUGAGAGAUCGUGCAGGUUCAAUUUUCCAGUUCAUAAUCUGAGUAAUUAAACCCUUGUCCUUUCUCUAUCAUCCCUGGGAUCCUUCAAAGAAACCCUGAUUCACCAUACUCUAUAUAGUCAGAGGACCAUUUACAUUGAAACUUUCCCAGUGUUGUAGCUCACUAUGUAACUUCCUGUGAUGCCAAGAUAAAACAGGUCAGCAGACAUGAAUGCAGAUUGCUUGUUCAGAGUCCAGUGUCUUACUGCACAGUUCAUCAAGGAACCCCAGUGUGUCCAUUAUACUAAUCUGGGUCAUGGUGAAUUCGGGAACCUGUUUCCUCUCGCAUCUGAAAAUAUGAUGAUACAUUUGUAUAAGAUUAGGAAUCUGAACAAAUGCAUUGGGUAAAUUGGUUAAAGUACAGGUCGCUUUAUCCAUAUCUGAGAGUUCCAUUGUUAACUCAGCCUUUCCUCUGGCCAAGAUCGAUAAAAUGAGCACAGAUGGCUUGGGCUACAGUAAUGUCUAUUGAUCACCUGCUGUUUGGUUUACCUAUGAGAUUAUGCAUUAAGUUAUGGUGUCCAUUUAAGAGAAAAUUAUAUAAAUAUUUAAUUUGCCAUUAUGUCAGUUUUGUUUUUUUUACAAUUUUAACAGAAAAAAUGCACGAAGUCUCCUUUAAGGAUAAAGAAAAAGAACAUUUGACCAGACUUCAAGAUGCUGAAGAAAUGAAGGUAAUUAUAGUUAACGACAACCAAGUGAAUGUAAUACAAUAGUGGGUUAAAUAAAAUAAGAGGAAAAAGCACACUCUGGGCACGAUAAAACUGAAAAGGUUACUCCAAGCACCAUGAUUUCUGCAUUGAUUUGCAGUGGUCAUGGUGCCUAGAGUCUGUGUGUGUUCAGUGGUUCAGAGAUUAACCCCUUAGCUGCUGAAGGUGUAACUCCAUCUCCAGCAAGUUCAUUAUCCAGGCCAGAACAAAUUUUGGAGCUGACUUACGUCAAUUCUGUGCAAACUUGCCGUCUGACGCCACCAUCCUAGUGCCAUGCAGCCAACGGUGGCCCCUGCUUUCAUGCUGCCCAGGUCUUCCCCUCCCCCUCCAGUGAGAGGAAGUGACUGCAGCUGAGGAGUAUUGAGCUGCAGGGAGAACGCAAUAAACCAGAAGAAAUUGUUUAACUUGUCUUGGGGUUUUUUGUGUGUGUUUUUUUUUUUUUGUGUGUGUGUGUGUGUGUAUAUAUAUGUGUGUGUGUAUAUAUAUAUAUACAUACAACGGGUUUUUAAUUGCCUCCAAUAUAGGUUAAUAUUUUAAAGAACUCCUUGCUUUGUAACUGUGCAGUUUGUAUCUCAUUUAAUUUUUCUAUUAGUUCAGAAAUCAGAGGAAAGGAACAUUUAAAUGUGUUCAAUAAGAAUCUUUCUAUGACUUUGCUGGAAGUAGGAUGAUCUAUUGUGCUACACCCAAUAUCCAAGUAUUUAUAAAUAAUAUAAAGAACAGCCAAAUGCCUGAAAAAGUAAAGAUUUAAACCUUAAAAUCUAAAUCCAGGCCGUUCUCGGUCUGCGUCCCUCUUGCCUUUACAUGCCAGUGUGAAAUGGUUUGUUAUCUAGGUGACAAAUGAACCGGUUUAAAGAAAACAGGACAUAAACCAAAUAUCCAGUUAUUGUGCCGGGUUUUUAAAUCAUUCCAGCUAAUUCCAUGGAAGGUGGUUUCCUUAUCACCAUUUAUUUAUUUGUAUUAGGAAACCCUAGAGCAGCAAAUGGAGAGUCACAGGGAAGCUCACCAGAAACAACUCUCACGUCUGCGGGAUGAAAUCGAGGAGAAGCAGAAAAUGAUCGAUGAUCUUAAAGAGUAAGUUGUGGUGUUUUAUUUAUUUUUUAUUGGUUUAAAAAGACUGGUAAACUUUGGUUGGGUACGUGAUGACGUGACAGCGCACGUGACGAAGGGAGUGGUGUGGCUGAUCGUGGCGUUUGAGGUGCAGGGAUUAAUAAACUGAUUAUCAAACCGGCAAAUAAACUCAGUGAGUUUAGUUUAACUCAUGGAGUUAAGAGGAAACUAGGUCAGCAGCGAGGUAACAGCAGGUGGAGGAGUUUGAACCAUGCGGCAACAGAACGAAAUACAUGGUGAAAUAAAUACUGCUAAUAACAAGGCUCCACGAGGAUGUGAGGUCAGAAAAUCAAACAAACAGGAGGAGGUGGCUGAUACGUGGAAUUGUAAGUUGGUGAGUAUCUCUGCAGGGACUUUCUCACACUAUUCUGCUGACUGUGGACAAUUAGCCAGAAAAAAAAACCAAAAAUGGUAAUACAGAUCAAUUGAUUGUUAAAGGGACACUGUAGGCACCCAGACCACUUCAGCUGUUUGAAGUAAUCUGGGUGCUGUGACCCUUUUGCACUUAGUGCUCUAAGUCUGCCCUCUGUGGCUGUCUAGCAGACAACCACUAGAGGGCUUCCGGAAUACAAACCGUCCUUUGGUCGUUAUCUGACGCUGGACGUCCUCACGGACCUCCAGCGUCAGAUUUUCCUCAUAGGAAAGCAUUGCAUAAUGCUUUCCUAUGGGGUGGUGUAGUCCACGCACACGUCCAUUGCUGGGCAUGCGCAUUAGGUAUCCCCAGCUGGCUGACGUCAGCAGUAGAGGAGCGUAUGCAGAGCCUGACCCAAUGCCGAGGGACAUCAGCUCUGGAUUCAAAUAAGUGGCUGAGGGGGAGGAUCUAUUAAACCUAUAGUGCCAGGAAAACAGGUUUGUUUUCCUGGCACUAUAGGAUCCCUUUAAGAUCUAAUUCAAAGGGGAAAAAAACAAAUGUGUUUGAAGGUGACACUGCUAAGAAAGAGAGAAGAUAGCAGGGCAAAAGACAGGAGAAUUAAGAACUGAAUAAAAUCAAUAAGUAAGAAAGAGGGAGAAAUUAGGAGAAACUAAGAGAGAGACAGAAAAUAAGAGACCAAAAUUAAAGGGACACUAUAGUCACCUGAACAACUUUAGCUUAAUGAAGCAGUUUUGGUGUAUAGAACAUGCCCCUGCAGCCUCACUGCUCAAUCCUCUGCCAUUUAGGAGUUAAAUCCCUUUGUUUAUGAACCCUAGUCACACCUCCCUGCAUGUGACUUGCACAGCCUUCCAUAAACACUUCCUGUAAAGAGAGCCCUAUUUAGGCUUUCUUUAUUGCAAGUUCUGUUUAAUUAAGAUUUUCUUAUCCCCUGCCAUGUUAAUAGCUUGCUAGACCCUGCAAGAGCCUCCUGUAUGUGAUUAAAGUUCAAUUUAGAGAUUGAGAUACAAUUAUUUAAGGUAAAUUACAUCUGUUUGAAAGUGAAACCAGUUUUUUUUUCAUGCAGGCUCUGUCAAUCAUAGCCAGGGGAGGUGUGGCUAGGGCUGCAUAAACAGAAACAAAGUGAUUUAACUCCCAAAUGACAGUGAAUUGAGCAGUGAAAUUGCAGCGGAAUGAUCUAUACACUAAAACUGCUUUAUUUAGCUAAAGUAAUUUAGGGGACUAUAGUGUUCCUUUAAGAUUUAAUGUACAUAAUAUGUGGUGAUUGCACAGUUUGUCUGACUGAGAGUGAUGGGAUUUCCUUAAAAUCAUCAAAUAGUAAUUACUCUCCUGCCUAUCACCGAGUCUCUGGUACCUUUAUCAUUAAGGUGUAUAAUUCAAACUAACAAAUAUAGGAAGCAAAGGAAAAAAAACAGACUAUAAAGAUACAUGAAAAAUCAUCACAAAGAUUAACGGUUAAAGUAACAUUAAUAUAAAAAGGAGAAGUAGUAAGGAAAAUAGAGAGAGGCAAGAAAGAGAGACGAGAAGAAAAAAGUGGAAUAAUAGAAACAAUUAAUAACUGGCCACUAAAAGAAAACAAGAAUUUAAAACUGCAAAAAAAAAAAGACAAAAAAGAACAAAAACAAGAUAAGUCUCUCAAUAUAUUUUUCAUUACAAAAUGUAAAAGAAAAAGCUAAUUUAUCCACUAGAUAACCUCUUUCUAGCGAAGAUUUUGCAGAAAUAGAAAUGAGAAAAGAAAAAGAUCUUCAAUUAAAAUCCGUAAAAUAAAAAAAUAUCAAGUUGACAAGUUAUCCUAUACAGACUCCCAAAUAAAUGACUUGGAAGAUCGCUCCAGAAACAGAAAUUUAAGAUUUCGUAACCUUGAACAAAAAUCUAAAGAAGAAGAUUUAAGAUGUAUUCUAAAAGAAUGUUACAGCAUUUAAUGAUAAAGAAUAAUUAAUAGAAAGAUGCCACAGAAUUCUCAAACCACAAAGUAUUUCAACGGAACAGCCCAGAGACGUCGUUGCAAGUUUUUAUACUUAUGAAGUUAAAGAAAGAAUACUCCAGGCUAACCGAGAUAAAGGACGAUAUUCAAUGAUAAUUGUUCUUCCAGAUCUUUCAUUUAGGUCUAGACAAAAAAUAACUUUUGCACCAAUCCUUUUGAUUCUGAAGAAACACAAUUUGAAAUUUAAAUAGUUUUCGGUUUUGGAUGGAAAAGGAAAGGUUUAAUUUAAAUUCUCAACAACAAAAUAAAAAAAUAUCUUUUUGAUCGCUGGCUAGGCCAGAUGAAAAACCGAUGAAUUAAGAAAUUAUUUCUUGCAAUAGAAAAGAAGUUAAGUAUAGGAAAUAAGGAAAGCUAAUCUCCUGGUCUGCAUUGGGUAUGCAAUGUGUGUAUGUCCUGGUCCUUUUGUCUUCAUUUAUCAUUUUUAGGUUAUACUUUUAAAUGUUCCAUAUUGACGUAACACACUAAUAGAUGAACUUUAUGAUCACGUGAAUUAAAUAAUGUGAAGUGUAAGCCUAAACUGUUAUGUGAUAUAAAUAUAUUUGUAAUUUACUUGAACAUGUGGAUAAAGAGAGAUUUUUUUUAUUUUUUAUUAUUUUUUAUUUUUUUAAAUAAAAAGACUGUUUAACGUUGAGGUUUUUCUCUUUUAAUAUUCUUUGAUUUUAAAAUCGGCUCCAUUUCAUAUUAUUGUACUAUGGUUCUAUAUAACAAAAUACAUAAAAAAAAAAAAAACUUUCAAACAUUUCUUCUAAUGUCAUAACCAUAAUAUUUGUGCAGUGCUACAUUAAUAAUCUGAUCUGAUCAGGUAAUUUUUUUUGGCUUUUGAUCGAUGUAUCUGCGCUGAUGAAUACUGUAGUCAGACCUUAAUACUGUGUGUUUGUAAUUGCCACACUAGGGGCUGUAUUUAUAAUGGCAAACCUAGAAAGCGGGAUUAUUCACCAAAGUGCAAAUUGUGCGGAAUUAAAUGUGAAUUUCAAAUGUGAGUCCAUAAUAAGCCAAAGUGGAAGAAAUCUGCAAUGUUUGCAGUUCCUUUUUUUGACUUGAAUUUCCAACAUGUGAUAUGAUCAUUUUUCAUUGUUCAUUCUAGAUGGUAAAUCCCUAAAUGUUAUGACGCAAAUUAAUUUUCCAGAUAAUCUCUGAACCCAUUUGCCUUCUUUAUUUCCCAUUCAAGUCUUAAUCAGAAGCUGCAGCUGCAGAAGGACAAACUGACCUUGGAUUAUGAGAAACUCCAAGCCGAGGACCAACAGAGAGAGAUGGAACUGCAGAAUCUGGUGUAAGUUGUCUUCGAUGACUCUGCAGAAGGUGUGGGCUACAUAUGGUGGAUCUAGAAUCUGAAAUGUUUGUCUGAAGGACAGAACAAACUGAUCAAAGUUGAUACAUCAUAGCAUUUGUAGUGGUGAAUGGGGGUAUUUUUUUUUUUUUUUUUUUUAAAUCCCAUUUGUCCUCCUCACUGUUUUGUAAUGGGCAAAGCCAAAUCCUCAACUGCAACAUUGUGUUUCCAAAUCGUCUCUACUUUUAGGCAAACUUGUCUUCUCACUUGGUUCUGGAGCGUUCAUUAUAGAAAAGUCUAUCUUGUCAUCAUCUUUUUGUUUUUGCCUCCUUAUGCCGUUAUAUCUGGUCCACGCCGACCCCACUUCUGGUAUAUUAUGAGCUCAUCUGUCUGGUCCACACGUCAGGGCAGCCUGUAUUCACAAUGCCAGACACAUUUCCUAUACCAUACUCCAUGUAAUACCAGACCGUUGUUUAGUUUCUCUUAGGUCAGGCUGUAUCUUGGGUAUUUGGCACCCGAUGUAAAAUUCAUAUGACCUGAGAAAGCCAUAUAAAAAGAAUAAGAACAAGGCACAGCAUAUUUUUCUCAUUUUUUUUAGUUCUUAAAACCUGGUAGAGGUACUAAAUAAUAUUAAAGAGUAAUAUGUUUCUGGAUGAACAUUACAGAUCAAAUAAUUCAAUAAUAAAGAUAGUUGCAUUCACUUCCCAAGUAAGGUUUUUUAUUUUUUUUAUUUCUCAGUUAGUUAGCUUAUGUAGUUUGUAUUUGCUGUCUACGAAUUAUUUUUGUGUUUGUUUUUUUUUUUUGUUGUUGUUUUUGCGUGGGGUGGGGGGGGGGGUUCCUGGAAAUAUCAUGGAUCUAAGUGGUCCUGAAAAUGUUGGAUGGUGUAACUAGAGGAAGUGAUUGGUGGGGUUGGUGUAACUAGGGGAAGUGACAUGGACCAAAUCAUCCCCUCUCUUUAUUCAUUAUUUCUAUUUAAUUGGCAGGUUACUUAAUGAAAAAAGAGAACAAUCCCGUGAAGACCUUAAAGGCCUGGAAGAAACCGUGGUAUGUAAAUGUUGGUUGUAGUGUUCAUCUGAAAAGAUACAUCAGCUUCAUGUGUCCUCCCCUCCAAACAGUAAGGCAUGUUGAGGUCAUUUCAUCUAAUGGAGUCACCAGCUGACUCUUCAUAACCAGAUUGCAUGCGCAUAAUAAGGUUACAAAUAUACAUUGAUCUUUAAAAGAUACAAGGCUUCCUGUUUUCAAAUGAACAAACAGUUUGACCAUUAGAAGUCUGGCACUGUCCUGUCCACACAACGGCAGACUGAACUAGGCUUGUUAUUGUAACACAUUGCUUGGUCCAUGUGGAACUAAACGUAAUUGGUGAGGAAUAGUAUCUCGGAAUAUGUCUGCUAUAAACGUAAUAUUUUGGUAUUGUUUUAAAUAUAUAUAUUUUUUUAAAGUACUUUAUAGAGGCUUUAAAAUAUACAAGAGCCCAAACCAAAUUCCUGGCUGCAAUGUUGCUCAUGGUAAGAUAUUGGAAGUAUUUAAUAUGUAUGUGAGAUCUUUCCUUAGCCUGACUAUUCCAAUACCUCUGCAAUAGUCAGUCCAAGGAAAGAUAUUGCAUACAUACUAUGUCCUAUCCAUUUUACUGUAAUCAGGACUUCUUUAAUCUAUACUUGUUGGAAAAGCUAGUUAAUUGCAAAUUCUUUUCUUGUCCUGAAGUCACCAACAUUCUCUUAAAGAAUAUAAAUGAAUGAAAGACCAAUGAUUGUGAUUAGAAUAUAUACUGUAGAUGGAAGAAACUAGAGAAUAAUUUCUCCUAUAUUUUUGAUUUGUCAAACUUGGCCAUGUCUCUUAAAGCAUUAAUGAAAUGUGUUGUCACAAUUCUUCCUUUCUCGGUUGACUCCCUGGUGUUGAUAUACCAAAAAGUGUGUUUGUUGCUGCAAUGGACCUUUACCUCCCACUAUCAACCUUGUAUAUCUUGGGGAAAUGUUAAUGAACCUAGUUAAGGCCAUAUUGUGAAUAGAUUUAGCUCUACCUAUCCUGUAAUGUGGUUCAAUGUUCUAAUUGGAGUUAUACAGAAUUAUUCUGGGUACUGCCAGGGAAGUGAAUUUUGAAUUCUAAGCCAAAAUGGCCAAUUUUGUGAAGAUUUCUUUUUACUGUUUUCAGUUUGUCCAUUUUGGCAAAAUAUUUGAAAUUCACUAGAAAUCCCUGACAAUUCACACUAUAGUGAAUAGCAAUGGCAAAAAUUAUUGUGCUAAUGGCAUGUGGGGAUUGCAACGGGAACCAAGCAGUAAAUAACCUCUUCCCCUCUGGGCAUGUCCUGCUUGCAGCGAUGAUCUGAUGUUAGUCAUGCCAUGCAUCUGAAGAAAAUGCAUUCUCUUCCUAAAACUUGAAGGUGGAUCCUGGAUACUUUCCUUCAGACCACGUUCUGACUAUUCAAAAAAGCUCAUAUUGCUGUGCUGAAUCAUGAUCUAAGUUCUUCCCUGUUGGCAACCUGUAGACUUUUCCCUAAAAUAUAUUAAUUUUUUUUGGCAUGGGGCAAUUUAAACCUGGUGAAAUAUUGAUGUAUUUUCUUACUUUUAUUCUUUCCGUAGGCCAGAGAACUUCAAACCUUGCACAACUUGCGCAGGCUUUUUGUUCAGGAUCUCACAAUGAGAGUCAAAAAGGUAGGUUUCAGACUUUUUGUUUUAUUUUAAUUGGUCUAUGAUUUCAUCAGUAAAUAUCCCAUGCGAAAUUGCUUAAGAACCAAAUUCAAAGAUCAACACUUGCUUUCUCUCUCCUCCAUUGAGCGUCCCUGUUACAAUCUUGGGUUCUAAAAUUAAUGGAUAUAUGGUAGGGAAAAUUAUGUAAAUGAACAUAUUGAAGCAAGUAUAAAUACAAAUUGUGUUGCUUUCAUAUUUCAUUAAAAGUGUUUUUGUUGUUAUUAGAGCGUUGAACUGGACAGCGAUGAUGGAGGGGGAAGUGCAGCUCAGAAACAAAAAAUCUCAUUUCUUGAAAACAACCUCGAACAGCUCACCAAAGUUCAUAAGCAGGUGAGACUCCAAAUAUGUAUUGUCCUUUAUACUAUUUAUGUAUGAUUCAUAAUUCUAAUCCAAUCAUCAUUUACACACAAAAAAACUAAAAACCUAAAAUUAGAAAUUUGUUCUAAAGUCUGUGCUCCUUAAAAACAAAACAAAAAACUCCCCAGUAAUUAAAAUAGAAUUCAAGAUGAAUUUUAACUGAACGCCUAAAAACAAGCUUUGAAUAAUACUUGGUGCUUGUGAUUGGUUAACCAGUGUCUCAGUAUCUAAGGAUUUAUGCUUUGGCAAUACAUAGUAAACACAAAAUGGAGAAAUAAAGUAUAAAGUAAAUAGAGUGCAGGUCAUAAGUCCGGAUACAAGUCAAGGGGUCGUGAGCUGCACCACCUUAACCACCUAAUAGGGAGCUCCAGUAAGGGGGAAACCCUCCAAAAUAUGCAGGAAAUAGGAGAAAGUGAUGUAUAGAAUCCCACAAGGGAAUACUAACAUCAGGAGAGCUCCACUGGUAUAAGAAAUGAGGAUGGGGGCCCUACCUCUAAUCAAUCUAAGGAUAAAAAGGAUAUGCAAACCAAACGUAUAACUUUUAAAAAGGGAGAUCUACUAAACCGUGCUCAGGGCAUCCAUUAUCUGGAGUACUAAAUGGCAUCUAAGUUCCAGUUCCCCUAGUGUCCAACUGAUAGGAAGGUAGUGUAAACUAGGUUAGGGAGAGCGAAAAGGCACAGGGUCCACAGAGAACAAGGGACCAGGUAACCUGGUCUAAACGCAGGUGAAAAGCCUCAAAGAAAAAAAAAAAAUCUCUCGAUUCACCCUAAGAGUUACCUCGACACCGUGGUCUGACCACUAGUGUCUAUCUGAACCAAUUCUCCCUACUAAAGUUUCUAAAUAAAUAAACACCUAAAAAUCAAUAACCAUAGUGGUAACAAAAAUUCAAAAGUGCUACCAAGUGCAGUGAUUAAAGAAAACGCUCAACAUGCGUUUCGGCGUGUUCAAAACGCUGUCAUCAGGAGCCUGUUUUCUUUUUCUUUAAUCACUGAACUUGGUAGCAUUUUUAUUUUGAGAGAUUUUUUUUUUUUCUUUGAGGCUUUUCAUCUGCUUUUAGACCAGGUUACCUGGUCCCUUGUUCUCUGUGGACCCUGUGCCUUUUCGCUCUCCCUAACCUCAUUUACACUACCUUCCCGUCAGUCGGAGACUAGGGGAACUGGAAUUUAGAUGCUAUUUAGUUCUUCAGAUAAUGGAAUCCCGAGGCACCGUUUGGUAGAUCUCCCUUUUAUCAAGUUAUACUUUUUUUUUGCAUAUCCCUUUUUAUCCUUAGAUUGAUUAGAGGUAGGGCCCCUCUUCCUCAUUUCUUAUACCAGUGGAGCUCUCCUGAUGUUAGUUUCCCCUUGUGGGACUCUACACAUCACUUUGUCCUAUUUCCAGUAUAUAAUAAACUACAGAAAUAGUUGUGUUCACUUAAAAAGUAUUUUAAAUGAAGAUCUUUUUGAGUAAUGGUUCCGGAAUAGGUAACUUUUUAAAUUUUUUUUAUUUCUUCUUUGCUCAUCUUGAGCCCUACUCUUAAAGGGGCUCCAUGGCCACUACAGCCUGUUGUAGUUAGGGUGCUGUCCUCCAGGAUUGUGUCAAAACCAUUUUGAGUUGUUUGACUCAAAACAAGGGUUCCAAAGUCACUUUGUCUGGUUAAGCUCGUAAUUUCCACACUAGCAAUGCCAUGAGCAAGAAGCCAAGCCCAAUCACCCUUGAGACAUUCUGAUUUUGUUAAAAACCACUUGACUUGGUUUGGUUCAGGUCCAGGGGGCAGUGCUAGCAGCCUGCAAGCACCAUAAACUAUAGCAGGGUUAGGCAACCUUUGGCACUCCAGAUGUUGUGGACUACAUCCCCCAUAAUGCUCUUACACCUAUAAUGCUGGCAAAGCAUUAUGAAAGGUAUAGUGCAAAACAUCAGGAGUGCCAAAGGCUGUCUAUGCCUGACCUAGAGAGAUGUAUGGUGUUUAGUGUUCCAUUUCAUGCUACAGUAUUCUAGAAUCACCAGCAGAUGUCACUAGAAUGCUGAAACGUUCAGGAAAACUAAUUCUACCCACUAUGUCAGUGUAUCUUACAUUGGAGAACAAAUUGAUUUGAGAUUUAAAAACUUCGGUUUAUAAACACCAAGCGGGAUGACUUAAAAUGCAUGUAAAGAAGGGGAAGCGACCACAAAUUGGCAACUAUGUACGCAACCGCUAGACAUGUUCAUGAAGCUUGUGGGUGUUCACAGCUCUGCGGUCUAGUAGAUACUGUUGUAUUUUGAAGUUCGAAAAAUCGAAGCAUUUUGUAUGUAUUCUGUGAAUGUCUGCCAAUGGUUAUGUAUGUAAUGUAUAAUAUGUCCUGUUUUGGAAAAAAUAAAGAACUUCAGUUUAGUAAAAAAAAAAAGAAUUUCCACUUAUUGCUUAAAACUUUAUAACUGUCCCAACCCAGAAAACCACAAAUUUACUGUUUGCUGAUCUGAUGAAUAGGCGUACAGAAUAGUUAUUUCUUGGCACACAAUAUAUAGCCGUUCUAUUCUUUUUAAUAUAAUGGGUUUUAUUCAUCUGCCCACUUUGAGGAAUUACAGAAAUGUAUAAAUAUAUAAAGUUUUCACUGACCAAUCAUACUAUCAGGGUAUUAAUUAAUUCAAUUCAAAAUUAAUUUCAAAUUUAAGGCCAAAGUAGCCAAACUGGAAGCUCAGUUGAUAUUUUUUGGCCUUUAAUUUGAAAUUUACAUUGAAUUGGCAAUAAACCCUGUGAGACCUUUUAACAUGGCAGUCUCUGGACUUAUCAUUUUCCAUGCUUCUGUCCACUCUCAGUCCAGUCAAAUUUGCAUUCUUGAGAAUUCCACAUAGUUUGCUUCUCCAGAAAUGGCUCCAAAGUCCCUUUAUGGGGAAUGAUUUAAAGUAUUAUGGUAUAUACAAUUAUAGUUUCUUUAAUAUGAUCUGUCUGAGGAAUUAACCAGCUGAAUAUCAACAUAAAUGCAUUUAUCAUGGUUAGUCGCUUGGGACACUGUUUCUCUGCAGGGUCCUAGUGCCCCAAGAACAGUGUGAGGCCAUCUGAUGAUGUGCGCAUGCUAUGCUUGUUAUGUACAAUUUUCUAGUAUCCCUAAAUGUGGGACACCAGGCAACUAGGUUGGGACGGUGGGAUGAGACCUGAAAAUCAGGACUGUGGUGCUGAAAUCGGAUUGUUGGGAGGCCUGCUGUCACUUUGUAAUAUCCCUGCCAAAGAGACACUGUAGGCACCCAGACCACUUCAGCUCCUAUAAGUGGUCUGGGUGCUGUGUCCCUUUUGCACCUAGUGCUGCAAUGUAAAACAUUGGAGUUCCAGAGAACGGCAAUGUUUACAUUGCAGCUCCAAGACUGCCCUCAGUGGCGGUCUACCAGACAGCCACUAGAGGGCUUCCAGAAUCCAAACUGACUUUUGGUCCAUUAUCUGACUUUGGAUGUUCUCACGCUUUGCACGAGGACCUCCAGCGUCAGAUUUUUCAAUAGAAAAAAGCAUUAAAUAAUGCUUUCCUAUUGGGAGGUCUAAUGCGCGCAUGCGGCCAUUGCCGCGCAUGCUCAUUAGGUCUCCCCCGCCGGUGUCAGCCUGACCCAGCGCCGAGGGACAUCGGCGCUAGAUUCAGGUAGUGGCUGAACCCCUUCAGCCCCAAGGGAGGGGUGGGCAGCUCGAUGGAGGUGGGAACUAUUAACCCUACAGUGCCAGGAAAACAGGCAAUAUAGUGUUUUCUUGGCACUAUAGGAUCCCUUUAAUGGUGAAACACAUUCCUGCAGAAGUCUGUCUGCCUCUAUCCCUGCUGCUCAGUUUGGUUUUCCCAUCUUUGAUAUGUGCACCAUUUUUUUUAGAUUACUUGCUACAUUGACUACUCUAAGUAUUUGGGUUUUCCAAACAUGACCUUUGACCUUAUUUUAAUUGUGCUAAGAAACUUUGCAGAUACUUCUAAUUUUGUGCUUGUGUUGCAGCUUGUACGUGAUAAUGCAGAUCUGCGAUGUGAGCUUCCAAAAUUGGAGAAACGUCUUCGAGCUACAGCUGAGAGAGUCAAGGCUUUGGAAUUUGCACUCAAGGAAGCCAAAGAGAGUGCCAUGCGUGAUCGCAAGAGGUACCAGCAGGAGGUAGAUCGCAUCAAGGAGGCUGUGAGAGCCAAGAAUUUGGCAAGAAGGGCCCACUCUGCCCAAAUUGGUGAGCAUAUCUCGUUUCUCGAGUCUAGUUCUGUUGACCUGGAUUCAAAUUUGUCCAGUUGCACUCUGCAGGUCACUAUAGGUUCUGCAAAAAUGUCACCACCUAGUAGGUGCAUCCAUCUUCAUAUCAAUAAUAGGUGAUUGUCACAAAUAUGUAUCAAAUCAUUCUCCCAUCAGUGUUUUAUUUCGAGUCCAUAAUAAAAAAUAGCCAGGGGAAUGUCCUCCCCUAAAUCUUCAGUUUAACAAAGAAUUCUAGCUGACUGGUGCUGGGCCCUCUUGUUUUUAGGGGUGUCAGGGUGUUGCCCCCUAAAAACAAAACAGUCUUGGUGCUGUUUAACUACAAUGCCCACUCAGUGGGGUGCGGUAUUUGGAUUUAAGUACUGUUGUGUGCAGCUAUUAUCCGUAGCUUUAUGCACACCUUUAUGAAGGUCCAAACUGUUCUACCUGUCGUAACUUCACUUUCUGUGUCUGAAGUAGUUUGUGACUUAUCUUCAAACAGUUAAUGAAGUAAUCUUAUCACGAGAAAAUCAAAUCCUUGUGUGCACAUCCUAAUGAUGUGUUGCGCAUGCCUAUGUCUGCCUCUGUGUGUAUACAUUUGUAUAUUUUUUUUGUUUUUGUUUUUUUAUAGCCAAGCCAAUCCGCCCUGGCCAUUAUCAAGUAUCGUCUCCUACAGCAGCUCACUCAGUGCGCGGUGGUGGUGACGGCUCUGUUCAUUCUUCCUAUUACCAUCGCAAUAAAUAAACAAGUGAGUCUCUCUUUUAUUUAACCAGACUAGCUGUUUUUUGAGGAUUACACACCUUCCAACCAACAGAAUGGUGACUGGGACUGCAGGAUGUCAUACUGUCUGCUGACAGUCCUGAGAAAAUAGAUUAAUCUGUGAUGCAACAGGAUAUUCCACUGUAAAAUAUAAUUUUUAAAUAGUUUUUUUCAUCUUUGGAAACCUUUUACAAUGAUUUUGAGUUUUUUUUUGUUUGAUUCUGUGCACUUGUAGAGGAAGCAACUUUUUUAAUCCUCUAGGUGGUGCUACAAUGUCACAUUCUACAAAGAACGUCUACAAGGAUUGUCCCUUUUUUGCACACUCUAAAUGUAUGCACAGGUUUCAGAGUAUUUUUUUUUUUUUGUCUGGCACCAUGGUUUGAAUUCUAGCUGUAUUCUAAAUGAUCUAAUCAAAAUGCGGCUUUGACUUUUCAGUGAUUCCAGGCUUUUUAUCUGCUUCACUUAUUGCCUGCAUUAUGACAAUUUCAUAGAUUCACACUGGAAUUUCCUGUAGCUAUUGCAUACAUAUUUGACCCUCUUUAGUUAUGUCAAAUAUAACCAAAUGUUGGUAAACAAACCUGUACAAUUUUUUUUUUUGAAUGUUGAGUGUUUGUUUUUUUUCGUUUUUGUGUUUAAAAAACAAAACAAAAAAAACAAAAAAAAAAAGUUAUUUUCAGGUUUGGAAGUGUGUGCUUAUUUUAUUUUCUUGAUUUAAAAUAUGAUUGACUUUGUUUUUUCAAGAAACGUAAUGACUAGCCUCAAGUGAGAAGGUGAUCAAAAGAACACAUUCCUCUGUUAACAUUUACACAAUGAAGGAAAACAGGACUGAAUUCUAGUGCAGUCUUGCAGGAUAAACUAUUUUCCCCGUAACAAAAACCCUUUCAGUGGUGGGCUGAAAUCUCUCCAUGGUCUGGUGAGAUCGCUGUAACGCGCUUUGCUGCAUGCUGCAGGCAUUGUGUAAACAUGGCGUUUGAGAUCACGAAAAUCAUUUGGCAAGAGUAAUGGAGAAAGGUUUGCUCUAUAAACUUCGAAAUCAGUGAAGCCUAGAACCUUCAUUUACUGGCCAGUAUUUUUCACAUUUGGUGAAUAUUCAGUGACUGCUGAUAUUGGCACACCAAUGUUGGAAACUACAUUUCCCAUAAUGCCACACUAGUCUUGUGUUCCAUAUUAGAUUAAUUUUAUAUGCACUAUAAAAAUAAUAAUAAUAAUCUGGUUGAAGAGAAUAAAAACUGGUUAUCUUAACAUACCUAUAUUCCUUUUUUGUUUUUUUACAAUUCUUAUACCGAAGGAAACAUACCCAUAGGUUGGUUUACAGACAGGGGGAUGUAUAAACUGAUAUGAGGUUCCUGUGUUUCCACGAUUACUGUGUUCUGCAAAACUCAGGGCUGACAGGUUAUUUUGUUAAAGUGGCUCUGUCACCUCCUACCCCCCUUCAAAAUUAGUAUUUCAUAAAUCUAAAAUCAUUCUGAAAUUCUCACAUUGAUUAUGUUGGAAUUUCACAGAAAUUUCACUUUGUCUUGGUAUAUUACCUAUACUUUUUGUCAUUGUCGCUAGUGAGGGUUUUAUGGAAAAAGGCAUGGUUUACGGAGGAUCCUUGGGCUCCUGACAGAUGAAAUGCUUGGAGCUGAAGAAGACAGUCAGGAAGUGACGGGUUCAAGUGAGUAAACCUCAACUUCACUGCAGCCCGUCGCCAUCGGACAUCCAGCAGAGCAGUUACCAUCCGGGGUCUUUACAAAAUAUGCAAAGCCUACAAACGACAAUCGCGUCACUGUGUGAAGGUUUUAAAAACUAGAAUGCAAACACAUUGUAGUGAUCUCUAAAACAAGCCAGAGAGAUAAGAUGAAAAUGUUUACUGAGCAAAUAUGACCCAAAAAAAGCAUAUUAAGUGAAUGGUAAAUUGUUACAUACGAAUUUGAGUGUGGUUGAUAUGGUUGUUGAUCCAACAGUUUAACUAUAUAUAUUUUUAAUGUUUUUCUGUGCAGAGAUCACUGCGGCGCAUGUUACUCCACCGAUGUUAAUUCCACGCGAGCCAUUCUUACACGUGUAGUUUCCACCUCGUCCUUCUGCGCUCUCAGCAAUCAUCCGUCUCGGAUCAGAAUGGUUCACUGAUCCCCCAUCUAUGUACAGAUGCCUGUUUAUCGCAUAUGUAAUGUAUCGCACAUAUCCAUCAAGGCAGAGGACUAAACCUUUCAGUACAGCUCUAGAACACCUAUUUCCUGGUACUGUAUAGAGUUCUGCUGUUUUGUAGACAUUGUUGCAGUUUGACGCCUUUAAGGGUCUUAUUGAAAAUUCAUCAGGGCAAUGUCUCACCAUUUUGUCAGCACCCGUUGCUUUGCUAGAUUUUACCCUCCCUCUAGUAAAGAUUAACAAAUUCAAAGGUGUGCUAGACUGGAGUCUUGCACCAAUCACCGAUAUCUUGUAUAAUAAAAUCAUGUUAUUUUGUAUAUUUAUUAAACAAAACACAACAGUGUGCUGCUAUACUACAUGACUUCAUUAACAUAAAUAAAGAAUAAAAAGUAAGCUAAACACAUAUAAAUAAAUAAUAUCCUGGUACCAACAUUACACGGUGAUUUAGGCUCAAAAAUGUAGAAAAUGAAAGCCAUUCUGUUGACCUUGAAACACAAGGGUCCUCUGGAAGUUAGAGGGUUAUUUUAAAGAAAUUUGUUACAUUCUAAAAUAUUUGGAUGUUUUGAAAAUGUUCUUCAUGAAUUCAGAAGUCGGGCUGUAAUUUUUUUUUUCAUUGUAUAGCAUUUGAGAAUAAAUACUAUUUAUACUAUUUGCUGGUCGUGAGAUAAACCGCAGACGAAAUGUGUAUAGGUGUUUAUAUCCUGCUGUUUUGCUCGCAGCAAAGGUAUAAUAGAAGUCUCUGCAAUGCGAUUGGCUGCUACACGGGUAUGUGACAUUCUUCCCAUCGAUGGGAGUCUGAACUCCCGCAACGAGAGCAGUUGGCACUGUUUCAUAAUCCUUUUGUGUUAGGCUAAGCACAUGACAGAGAAAUGAAUGUAUAGAACUAGCCUUCCCUUCUAUAACCUGCCAAAAUGGCAGCUCCCAAAGUCAAUUUGCCGUGCUUCAUUACAUUUACGAAAAUAUGACUUGUAUGCCUUUUUACAAACCCUUAUGUGCCAGUUUAAAGUUUCUUUCACAAGAAGAAACUGCCAGUGUGUGAUCCAGGGAUGGGUAAUUUAUAGUCCUCUGACUGUUCAUCUCCCACCACUCUCAGACUGGCUGAAGGUCACCCUAGUAGGGUCUUGCGGCCGGAACGCUAUAUGCUUGCUCUUUGCUAGUGUAGGCUGUAAGAAAUAGAGUAUGUAUUUCUUUAUUACAGAACAUGUUUACUUUUUUGACAAUAGAAAAAUGGAAACUAUUUAUAAGGACAUAAACUAGGAGCAAGAGCCACAGGCUGAUGUAAGAUCAUUUUUUUUUCUUCUUUUCUCUCUUAUUUGUAUCUAAAUUUCAAAUUUUGUGUUUUCUCUCUGUAAUGAUUCAUUUUGUAUUCACAUUGAGUCUAUUUAUUCAUUUUGGCAAAUUUUGUGAUUCGAUUGUAUUUAUUAUGGUAUGUGUCGAUUUUUUUCUUUUUUCUUUUUUUUUCUUUACUAUGUAACUGUGGCACUGGAGCAUCCAGAAUAACUGUACGUGUCAGAUGUAGGAUUCGAGGAAUACAUUUCUUCCACCACAUGGACAUAUAUGAUGAUCUGGCUUCUCAGAGAGGCGACCAAUUCUUGUGUCACCUCUUUGGAGCGCAAAGAAGCAAGCAUAUCAUUAAGGAACCGCAGAAAGCAAGAGAGAUGAAAACUAGGAGUUAUUUAAGGCAUGAUUAAGACAAUAAAUUCCACAGAUAAUAAAAAUCGCCUUCCCUUAACCUCUUUAAGUACUGUAGAGGCCCCUUUUUGUGAUGUUGAGCCUCCACUUUUUCCUUUGGGGUGGAUGGACAAUAAAUCAGGAGAUGCUCCAGUAUCAGAAUGCAAUGGUAUUUUAAAAUUCUAUUCCUUGCUGUAUACUUCUAAAUCAUUUUAAACCGUUUAAAUGUUUCAGGUCUGUUUUAUGGUAUACCCUUCAGGAAUUCUAACUGUUAUGUCAACUCUCAACAGAUAACUGAAUAAUUUGGGCUUAAAAACUGCCAUGCCUAAAACUGUUGUGAAACUACUGGCAUGCAUUUAUAAUAUAGGCAGUGCAACAACAAAAAAUUAUCUUAAGAUAUAAAAAUGUGUCUCCAUAAGAGGAGAAUAUGUUUAUAUAUAAUUGGCCUCUUUCAUUUUAGGAGUGUCUACGCAGGUUUUGGUUUGGACUAUGAAAUUUAAGGUUUUAGAAUAAGGUGACUUGGACAACCCAAAGACCAAACUAGUAUCUGAUCAGCCAGUCGGACUUUCUAGUAUAUAAUGGGCUAUCGAAGAUCACUUUGUCAAACUUUAUUUCAUUCCAACAUUAUUUUGUGCAGUAAAAAAAAUUUAUUGUUAGUAAAUUAAUUUAAAAAAAAAUAGCUUUAUAAAUAGAUUUUGAAAAAGGUUUUAAGUACAUUCAUCCCUACAAAUAAAAGUAGAUUUAAAUUGAAUUAAAUAAAAAUCUGCCUGAAUUUUUGUUCUAUGAAUUGGCCUACGCUGGUUCCAUUGCUCAGAGUUAAAGCAUAAUGUUGGACAGGUUUGUACGAAUCAGGCUAACGUAAGACUCCUACAUUAUCUUAGCAGCACCUGAGGGGCCACAGGCUUUUAAAAUAGCUUUUACAGUUUGACAGAAAGGGAGGGGGGUAGAAUUCGGAGAUUUUUUGCACCAUAACUCUUACAAUAUGUUGUAGUGGAUAUGGAGGUCAGUCAUUUUGACUUCAGAAUGCUGUGCAUGAGGUUAACACCAUUGUAUAUGAACACACAGGGCCUUUACAUUGUGAACUUACAGGUGUCUUUAUAACCAUAAAUCAUAAUCUUGUUUUUUUUGUUUUUUUUAAUAAAAAUAAUAAACAAAAUGGUAAACCAAAUUUUUUUUUUUAAAUCCUGCUUUAAAUGUCCGACAGAUUUUAAAUGCUCUCCAGCUUUCUGCGGUAAAGAAAGAUCAAUAUACAAUAUAAAUAAAAAUUCCACGUACAGUCUUGUUGGUCCAUAUUAAAUCAAUUUACUGCAGUCCUGAUUCCCAACUAAAACAUUUCUCUCUUACUUGCAGUAGUACAUAAAAAAGGAACACAUUUUUACAUAUGUAUUUAUUUUUCCUUUCUAAUAUAUCGUUUUUAUUUUUAUUUUUCGUUUUUUUUUUUAUUUCUAGCUAUCAAGUUGAGGUAUUGGCAUUUAUAAAUUGAAACAUUUUCUACCAAUUCGACCUCGUCGAUGUAAUUAGUUUUGUCGCUGAUUUUUCAUGUUCAUUGUUGGAGAGUAGUGUUUUUUCCGUGUCUAGAUUGUAAAGUGUGUGAUGUGCAAACCAGAUGUAUUCGCCUAGCUCCAUGUAUCUGUAUAGUAGUGUUUAAUUUUAGGACUUUUGAACAAUCUCGUGGAGCAGAACGUUACCGACCGAUACUGCGUCAGAGACGUAUCAAGCAACUGACCGUUUGCUCUUGGGCUGAUCUGUGAUGUAAUCUAUCCAACAAUGUUUCCAACGGCAAAUAAACUUUUAAGGUUUCUCUCUCAAGAUGCUUCGCCAGCUCUUGAUAUGAAAACUAUAUGGAUACACUGGCAGAUUGCAUGAUAUUUUAUUUGAAAAUGUCAAAGUGAAAAAUAAAAUCAAAUUACAGUUUACUUUUGUUUGUUGUUGUUUUUUCC